AUGAGUGAAGCACUGUCAUUGCAGAACAAACUGGGUAUGACCUCAGAAGGUGAAGAUGAUGACAUGGCAUGUGGAGAUUUGGGAAAUGGACUCAUUAGAAGGCAAAGUGAUAUGUAUGAACCAGAAAGCUUCAGCGCACACCCAGGUAUGCCUAGAAGAGGUUCAGCAAGGAAAAGCUUCAGUCCGUUUAUGCUGCCAAAAAAAGGAGAAGAAUGUGAUGCAACAGUUUUCCGUUGCUCAAGGUGUAACAGUUUGAAUGACACGUCGGUCAAAAAAAUGGGAAUCAAUGCAUUUCGUAGCUGCAACCGACAAAACAGCUCUGGUAAGGUUUUAGUUCAAUCCAAACUUUUGGACCAUUUAGUAUUCUUCAUACAGCAUGUAAAUGUUGCUAUUAAGAUACUUAAUUCAUGAACAUCUUCAAAAGCAUGUAAGUACCACAGAACAACAAAUAUAGAGCAGCAGGCGAAACAGUUUAUUGCACCACCUAAAAUGCUGGUUUCAAAUUUUCAGCUAUACUGAGCUUUUCACCUAUUCCUGUAGGUGUUCAAAACAAAAAUAAGGAAUGUAAGAUAUAUGUAUGAUGGAUAGUGUUGACCCAGUUGUGUGUGCUUAAACAUGUUGACUUAAAUAGAAGCUAUAAUAACUGAAUUUAAAAUGUUAGACCUUGCAUCUGUUAAGACAUACAGUUUUACGAGUUUUCCUGUAAAAAAUGAGAUAUUCCAGUGGAUCACAAGAGUGGAGAUGAGGCAGUAUUUAAGGCUUUAUAUAAGUUGUAAACAAUGCUGUACAGGGGACUGGCGUAUCAGUCAGCACACUAAGCACUUAUUUGUUGACUCAGCCAUUUGGGUGCUAGGCUUCUAAUGAUGUAGCCCAGCUUGCAGAUUCCAAGCAUGAAAGAGAUUAAUGCAGUCUCAUUUAUCUCUGAGGCCGCAGUGUACAGUAGUGUCUCACUGGAUUGUAACAUGAGUGAGAGUCCAUUUUGGGGAGGAAACUCAUUUUUCAAAUAUUCAAAACAAUAACUGGAUGUUGCUGAGGAAAUACAAUUUCCUUCUCCCAGAAAACCAUUGCUUCCAGUGCAAGUUGGAGUUCUGUAUGGAUUAUGACUGUGCAAGUGUUGCAGGCAGUUAUUUUGAAAUUUGUCCUUUGAGUAUUGAGUUCCUUUUUAAAAGAGGUCAGUUGCUCUCUGAUGUUUCACUUUCUUGCUUUGCCUUUUGGUGAACUCCCCUCCCCACCUCAGUUUUACUUUUAUUUUAUUUUAAGGAAUCUCCAUUAGAGUACAUGUGUCCCAAGUUUUUCUUUUGUUUAUACAUCUCUUGAAACAUAGUUCCACACAUGCAUGGAGACAUGGAUGGCCCAUCCCAUUUUGCCACCUGAGGUAAACCGGGAAUUGCCGCCUCCUGCCCCAUCUGCUGAAUGGGCUCAGCCCUCACCACUUCUGCUGCUAGAACACUGCAGCUCUCACCAAAGUUGGUGGGAGCCAGGCUGUUCUGCAAAGCGUUCUCUGCAAACCAGAAUGCCUGCCUCUUGCCAGUGGUGUGUGUGUGUGUUUUCUGGAAGCAGUAGUGUGGGCAGAGAACCAUCUCUUUUGUCUUCAUUGCCUGAGUCGGCUGCUUUACCGAACCUCAUGUGCUGGAUAGCUCAGCAUGGAGACAAACAAAUGUGUGGUUAGCCAUUAAAUAAGUUAGUGUUGAUUUAACUUUACCUUUUGAUCUAAAGUUGUUUUGCAUCCUUUUCCCCACCCCAUUGGGAGAUGCCCAGUGUGGGUUUUUUCUCUCCUUCCAACAAUCGGAUGCUAUUGCUUGAAACUUAAGAAGUGGUCUAUUAAAUGCUUAUUACAUAAAAGUGCAAGGGGAGGGCAAAUUACCAAACAUAAUUUUGAGAAACAGCUGGUGCUUUUUAAGGUUUUUUUUUACAUUUUAAAUAAGCACUUAGAAAUAAGCAUGCCAUCCUAUUAGUUUCAAACCAGGACACUUUUUCUAUUAUGAAUGCACACAGAAACUAACUCUGAGGCAUCAAAUGAAGAAUUAAUACAACACCUUCAAGAAGCUGAAGAGGUAAGUGCCUGUCUUGGCAAGACUUAAUUUGGAACCUUAUUUUUCUCAUUAAUAGGGUGUCCCUAGACCCAGAAUCAAUAGCAAAUAUGGGGCAAGGUGUUGAGAGAGUAGCAGAAGUCCAGCUUCACCCAUAUUUGGAGGAAGUGGAUUUUCUGGAUCCAUUUCGGUCUGGCUUUAGGCCUGGUUAUGGCACUGAAGCCGCCUUGGUUGAUGGUUUAAGCAGGAGCCUCUCCUGCUGGCCAGGGAACCCUCCAGAACAGUGUGGGAGAUGGUGUGGAGAUGGGGCUGCAGCCUGAGGGAGAAAUCCUUCCAAUCACACAAGCGGGUGUAACAUCCACACAUAGCAGAAAGUCUCUGCAUGAUGCCCAAUAUUUUUGUUUACUCAACGUGACUUUAUUCGUACCCAGGAAAUAGAAGUUUUAAGAGUUGAAUUGGAAGCAUCUCAAAGACAACUUGAAGGCAAAGAGCAAGCACUAAAAAUUCUGCAGAGCAUGGUAACUUACUAAUAUAUAUUAAUUUACAUGAAAUUUGUAAUGUAGCCUUUUUCAAAUUGUACAUGUACUGUUAUGCAAAUGAGACAGCUGUUCUUCACUGUUAAUGUUGGUGACCGGUUCCUUAAUUGAUGCAGAGGCAGUUUUAGGGUAGCAUGACCAGUUCAGAUGCACUGGGUUUGCGCUGCAGGAGGCGCCAUAACAGUGUUGUGUGAGAGUGUGAGAGGCAGUGGGGAGCCUCUGAAAUUUGAGAGCUCAAAGUCUGCCACUGAUUGAUACAUAUGUUUUCACUUUUAGUAUGAGCUGCAAGACAUAAUAUUAUGCGAGACAUAAUAGUUCAGCUUUUAAAAUUUUUAUUUCUCAGGCAGUGCUGGAUAAAGCCACUUGUCAUACUAAAGCGGUAUUUAAAAAAACAGAGCAGCAGAAGAGAGCUUUAGAAAAGGUAAGACUAUAGCUUAUUCUUUCUCUGAAGAGGGGCAAAAAUAGCUGAGAUGUGUAUGGGAUUGCAGCCCUAAAGCAAAAUUCCGAAACAUACUUGAUUUCAAUGGACUAAGCAUGCUUAAGACUACAGUCCUUACUGGGCAAAAAGAUCCACUGAACACUGCAAUUUACUUCUCAGUAAAUAUGCAUGGCGCUGCACUGCACAUCUUUGUUGAUUUGUCUUUUAUUUACAAUAUUUUAUUUAGUACAGUUGUAAUAGUUUGCUGCAAUACUUAUUGGAAAAGAUGUGUCUGUAUAAUUGGGAGAUUUCAGAAUCCAGAGUUUUUAUUCCAUGGGAAGAACUGUUUGAUUCUUCUCUUUUAGCGAACACUGUGCCCACAGAUUUUCAAGUUUUUCUCCACAAUAGUGAAAACUAGAAAAUCGAUUUUCACAUUAAUGCAGUAGACUGGUUGCAUGAAUGUGUGGAUACAUAGAACAUUCCUAGACAUUUUGUUUUUCAUCAGUAGUUAUCUAAAGUUGCUGACUCAGCAUUUUUAGACAAACAAUUGACUGCAAUCCUAGAUUUCAUCAAGAAAAGUGAACAGGAGAGCACUAAGUCCACAGUCAGGGGUGUUUGGAAUGUACUUACUGCCCAGCAGAACAGGCAAGCUGGCUUGUGGUUGGCUUUUUGAACCAGGUGAUUAAAGGUAAAAGGACCCCUGACCAUUAGGUCCAGUCGUGACCGACUCUGUGGUUGCGGCGCUCAUCUCGCUUUAUUGGCCGAGGGAGCUGGUGUACAGCUUCCGAGUCAUGUGGCCAGCAUGAUUAAGACGCUUCUGGCGAACCAGAGCAGUGCACGGAAACGCCAUUUACCUUCCUGCCGGAGCGGUACCUAUUUAUCUACUUGCACUUUGACGUGCUUUCGAACUGCUAGGUUGGCAGGAGCUGGGACCAAGCAACGGGAGCUCACCCCAUCGCAGGGAUUCGAACCGCCGACCUUCUGAUCGGCAAGUCCUAGGCUCUGUGGUUUAACCCACAGCGCCACCUGCGUCCCUGAACCAGGUGAUUACUUGCAAUAAAUUAUUUCCAAACAUUGCCAGUUGUGCACUGGCUGCUUCUUGCCAAGUUAAGGCAAAAUUAUAUGAUCUUGGAGAAUAAAUCUGUGCAGUGUGGUUAUGGGAUGUAGGAGGGAAUUCGAUCCAUCUUCACUACACUAAGAGUAUCAUGUUCAAAUUAUGGAAUAUUGUCCUGCUUUCUUCUAAUAUUAACAUUUUACUGUUUAUAGGAAAUAAAUGUUCUACAGUGGGAAAUAAAAAUUAAUCAGGAGAAAUUCAAAAAUACAGAAGAGUCUUGGGCAGAAAAAUAUGACAGGUAUAUAUACCAAAGUAAUACCUCAGUUUUGCAAUACAUAGAAGCAUAUGUUUGAGGUAUGAUUUAAAAACAUGUCAUUUGUUGCCAUUGUCAACAGAAUUUAUUGUGAAAAUGCUGCACUUAAGGAAACACUGAAAUUGAAAACUGAUGAAGUUAAAACACUAAAGUCUGAAAAUGAAUGUAAGUAUGCUCCACCUUUUUCAGUUCUUUCCCUUUUUUUUUUUUUAUUAAAUAUUUUAUUAAGGAUUUUCUUGUUUUACAGAAGUAAGUGUACUGCCUCGUAUAUAUAUUUUUUUCAUGUAACAUUUUUACAAAUCCAUUUCAUUUGUUGAGGCAUUAGGGGGGAGAAGAAAAAAAGGAAAAAGAAAGGGGGUGGAGAGAGGGAAGAUGGAUGGGGGUGGGGUCGGGUGGCGGUGUUUCUAUUAUGUUUAAUGUAUGUAGAGUUUGGUGUCAGCGUUGCUUGUGUUGUUCACUUGUGUUCCUUUCGUGGUGAGAGAGGUUGGGGUUGGCCUAGGGUGUGAUUGUCUGCUUGUGAUUGGCUGUGGUGAUCUUUGUUUUCGUGUGUGAGUGAGGUGGGUGGGUGUUUUGGAUCAGGUUAGCCAUAUUGAUUUGUAUGCUGUUGGUGGAUUAUUGUCAUUGUCCUGUUGGGCUGUGUAUGUGAUAAAGGGGUGUAUGUGUAUGUGAUACCAGGGUGAAGACGUCUUCUUCUGUUUGUCCCCGUGUCAGUUUCAGUUUAUUAGUUAAUUUUUCUAGUAGGGCUGUUUCCCAUACUAUUUGGUACCAUUGGUCCAUGUUUACUCCUGACAGGUCUCUCCAGUGUCUGGUUAUGGUGUUUCUGGCUGCUGAAAGUAGGUGGGUUAUGAGUUCUUUGUGGUGUAAAUGGGCAUUGUUGUCUUGGAAGAUGUUUAGUAGGGCCAAUUCUGGGGUGAUGUCUAUUACUUGCUUAGUUAUUUUACAUAUUUCUUGUAUGGCUGUUGUCCAGAAUAGUUGGAUUUUGGGACACUCCCACCACAUGUGGAGGUAUGUGCCUGUGGAGGUGCACCCUCUCCAGCAUUUUGGUGAGGUUCCUGGGUGUAUUAGCGCUAGUUUCCUUGGUGUUAGGUACCACCUGUAGGUGAGUUUCAGUGUGAGUUCUUUUCUUUUCGUUGAUAUGGAUUUAAAGGGGGUUUAGACCACAUUCUGGUCCAUUGAGUGGGGUUAAUCUCAUAGCCUAUGUCAUUCUCCCAUUGUUUUUUGAUUGCAUCUAGGGAUUUGCGGGAUUUUGGAGUAGUAUUUUGUAUAUUGCGGAUACCGUCCCUUUACCGUUUCCUUUUGUUGUUAGGAGGAGGUUUUCGAAGGUUGUCAGGGGCCUAGUUGCUGCUGAUUUUACUGUUGGGUUGUUUAAGAGGCAUGUAGUUGGUGUUGUGUUAACCAGGGCAUUUGGGUGUCUUCUAGUUUGUCUUGUAUUUCUUGUGUUGACAAGGGUUUGUUAUUUUUAUAAAAGUCUAUUAGGCGAUAUAAGCCUUUGGUUUGCCAGGUUUUUAUCUGGAGGUUUUGUGCUGCAUGGUGGAAUAAUGGGUGGUACGCCAGGGGGAUUAGUGGGGAUGGGGUUGGGGAUAGUUUGCCUAUUUGUGUUUUCCAUGCUUUGAGCAUGGUCUGUGUGUACCUGUUAAGUGUUGUGGGAAUUUUCUUUAGUUUGUUUGGGAGGAAUGGGUAUGUUGUGGUGCAGGUAUUUUCAAUUGUGUCCCUCUCUAGGUGUACCCAUUGUUUUGUCUCAUCUUCUAGUAUAUAUGGGAUUAUAUGGCGUAUUUGGUUGGCAUUGUAAUAUGCUUCUAUGUUGGGGAUUCCCCAUCCUCCUUCUGAGGUGGGGAGGUGCAGGUAUUUGAGGCUUAUUCUUGGUUUUUAUGUGAGAAGAUGAAAGAGUGUAGUUUUCUCUGCCAACUGCGAAGUUGGGUUGAGGGAUCCAGAUUGGGAGGGUUUGGAAUAGGUAGGUUAGUUUUGGGAGUGUGAUCAUUUUGAUCAUGGCUAUUUUGUCUGAGAGAGUGAAAUUCAUGUUAUUCCAUCUCUUUAGGUCUUUGUUAAUUUGUCGCCACAGGGCUUGUAGUUGUGGAGGUACAAUUUAUUGAGGUUUCUGGUUAUUUGUACCCCUAGGUAUCUGAACUUGGUGUGGCAAAGUUUUAUUUUGGUGACCUUCGUGAGUUCUUUUUGGGUGUGAGGAGGGGUGUUGAAGCACAUAGCUUCUGACUUUGUAAAAUUUACCUGUAGGCCCGACACCAUUGCAAAUGUGUUGAGUUCUCUGAUUAGGGAGGUUGCUGUGCUUAUGGGGUCUGGUGUUGUGACCAUUAGGUCAUCUGCAAAGAGCCCUAAUUUAUAGGUUCUGCCUUUUAUUUCCACUCCCUUGAUGUCUGUGGCUGCUCGGAUACUGAUUGCUAAGGGUUCCAGAGCCAGGAUAAAUAAGAAGGGAGACAGUGGGCAUCCUUGUUUCGUGCCUCUUUGGAUAGCUAUAGUAUUAGAAUCCAUAUUGUUAGUUCUGCAUUUUGCUGAGGCUUGGGAGUAUAUUUGUUUGAGAAUUUGUAGGAAGUUGGGGCCAAAUUUCAUGUUAGUUAGUACUGCUAAUAUGUAUUUCCACUCUAAGCAAUCAAAGGCUUUGAGGAUGUCUAGGGACAUAAUUGUCAAUGGGAGUUUGGUUGCCUUGCUGUGUUCGAUCAGGUUCAGUAGUUUCCUGAUGGGGUCUGUUAUAUUGCGGCCAGGGACAAAGCCAGUCUGGUCUGGGGCUACUAACUUGUGUAGGAAGGUUUUUAGGCGGUUGGCCAAGAUUGAUGUGAAUAUCUUGUAGUCUUGGUUUAUUAAUGAGAUUGGGCGGUAUGAUUCUACUUUGAGGCUGUCUUUUAGUGGUUUUGGGAUGGAGACUAUUUUGGAGUGGGUCCAGGUUUUGGGGAUGGGGCCCCUUUAUGAUGUCGUUGAAUAGGCGGGUCAUGUAGGGCAUCAAGGGUUCUUUGAAUUUCCUAUAGAAUUCUGCUGUGAAGCCGUCUGGGCCUGGGGCUUUGUGUGGUUUCUGGUUUUUGAGGACCGCAUCUAUUUCCUCUGGGGUGAUAGGGCUGUCCAUGAAUUCCUGUUCCUCAUCAGUUAGGGUAGGCAUGGACAGUCCUGCUAGAAAGUCCUUGAUUUCCUUCUCUGGUGGGUUAUGGGAGGUGUAUAGGUUGGAGUAGAAUUCUGCAAAUUCUGAGUUUAUUUCUUCGAGGGAGAAUGUUAUGUUGCCGUCUUUUUGGUGAUGCAGUGUAUUCUUGUUUUGAGUGCUUUUUCCUGCAUCUAUUUGCUAGUAAUCUGGAGUUUUCCCUCCAUAUUCGUAGAAACGUUGUUUAGAGUAUAGAAUGUUGAUCAUUGUUUUGUUAAUUUCUAGGAGUCUAGCUCUCUCCUUUUUGUUCCAUAAGUUUGAGGAGUUUUUAGAUCCUGUUUGUUUGUAGCGUGAUGAGAGGGCUGUGAUGUCUUGUUCUAUUUUGCUAAUUUUUGAGGAGGUUUGUUUUUAAGGAAUGUUUUCUCUUUUAUGCAAGCUCCUCUGGUGACCCUUUCAUUGCGUCCCAUAGGAGGGUGGGUGUUAUAUUGUUUACAUCGUUUUCCUUGAAGUAGUUUUGGAGGGUUUUUGUGAGACUCUCUCUAAUUUGUUUGUUUGUAGUUAGGAUGGGACUGAAGGACCAUGAUGGGGUGGUUUGUGUUCCUUCUCCUAUUUUAACGAUGACUUCUACUGGGCGUGAUCUGUGAUUUUAAUGUUACCUAUGUUUGUUGAUUCCACUGAGGAUCAGACCCUGUGUGAGUAGAAUGCUGUCCAGUCUGGAUACUGUAUCAUGGCGUCCCGAUUGGAAUGUAUGGCUGAUGUCUCCGGGUUUUGCUCACCCCAAAUGUCGUAGAGACCCCUGCUUUUAGCAUUUUUAGUAACUUGUAAGGGUUCCUAGUUGUUGGGGUUUCCUUCGGAGGAAGGUUGCCCAUGGGGUUGUAGGGUGGAUAUCUUUCAGGGCUAUGCCUUUCAUAUUUAGAUUGAGGUCCCCUCCUAGGAUUGCUUCCCUUCAGAGAAGGAGAGGAAUUUGUUUAGUGUCUUCUGGAAGAAUUCUAAUUGUUUCGUGUUUGGGGCAUAUAUGGAGCCAAUUGUCAGUUUGAUUUUGCCAUCUAGUGUCCCUUUAGCGAAAAUGAAUCUGCCUUUUUGUCCUUGAGGACUGUUGUGGCAGUGAAGUUCAGGUCUCUACUGAGUAUUAUGGCUACACCACGAGCUUUCCCUGAGCCUCGUGCGACCCACUGUUGACUGAAGCGGGGGUCGCUCAGGAGUUUGCUGCCUUUGGGUGGGUUGUGUAUUUCUUGUAGGAAGGUGAUGUGUGGUUUCAUGGUGUUUAUGUAUGAGGUGAUGCGUUUUCUUUUGAUGGGGUUUCCCAGCCCCCUCACGUUUAAUGUAAUUGCUUUUAGGUUAGCCAUCUUGCUUAUCUAUUGUGUGGGGCGAUUCCCUGCCAACCCGUUUGGGUUGUCUUGUAUCUCUCUCUUCGUGUUGUUUAAAGUACCAGUGGGGUUGCGCUGACCUAGGGUGUGGCGGGUGGGGGCUAAUGGGAUUAGAGUAAGAUUUGGGUUAAAAGAGUAGGGGUAAGUUGUAGAGAGUUUCCUAUAUGUAGUCAUAUAGGUGUUUGUUUGGGGUAUUUUAGGCCAUCUGGCAUUUAGCCGGUUGGUCCUAGGUCUCAGCUGGUGUGGAAGGCCGUGUUCAAGGACAGGCCAUCCCCCCUGUUGUUUGCGAUGGGGGUAUCAGUGAGACAGUGUGAAGUGACUUUGUAACGUCGCUGUCAGGUAUAAGGUUCAGUAAGCAAUGUUGCCAAUGUUAUGAGCAACAUUGUUGGUGUGUUGGGGUGGGGAUGUGGGUGCUGGUACGCUCUGGUGCCACCAUAGUGCUGGUUGGGUAUCAGAUUUUAGCCUGACUGUGGGUUGUGUUAUUAAGGUUGGAGUUGUUUUUUCUUAGUAUGGGGUAUGGGGAUGUUGAAGGUGUGGGUGAUGUGGAAUGUGGUUGAGGUCGUCUGGACUGGUGUUGGGGCGGGGAUUUCUGUGGGGGUGCGGGGCUGGGGGGGAUGUUGAUGGUGUUAACGAAAUCUAUGUUUUUGGGGAGAGAGGGGAAAAGGGGGGAAUCACCAGUCCUUCAGUUUGUGGUUUUUUCCUGGUUGCUUCAUUCAGCUGGGGUUGUUGUUGUUGUAGGGUUGUCCAUCUGCGAUGAGUUGGUUUGGUUAAUCUUGGUCUGGUUUCUUGUGUCAUAUGGCCGGCGGGACGAUUCUGCGUGAUGCUUCUCUGUAUUGGUUUGCACUGUUGUGCCGCUUCUGUUUCUUUUUCUUCUGUACCGUCGUCCAGUUGUUUGCUGUUGUUUCCUCAUGGUUGGGGCUGUCACUUGGUGGGUUUGUCGGUUGCCAUUCCGGUGGGAGGUCGAGUUCAAGGUUCUUUAGUAGUUGCAGGGCCUCAGGUAUGUUGGUAGCCAUGUGUUGUGUUGUAUUGGUUGUUACAAUGAGGCGGAAGGGGAAGCCCCAUCGGUAUUUGAUCCCUGCUUGUUGGAGACGCUGGGUGCAUGGGCGCAAGCUUUUCCUUCGGUUUAGGGUAUCCUGAGAUAAGUCCUGUAAGGCCAGUAUGGGGAUUUCUCCAUAUCGAAGGUUGGUUGAGUUUCUGAGGUGGUACCAUACCUCUUCCUUCUUUUGUAGCGUGUGAAGCAUACAAUGAUGUCUCUUGGGGGGGCGCUGGGUUUUGGCAUAGGUUUUAGGGCUCUGUGAGCCCUCUCCAAGUCAUCUGCCUCAAGUUUCAGGCUUGGGAUUGUGUUUUUCAGCCAGCGUAUAAUUAGGUCUGCUGGGCUUUUCUCCUCUGUUUUUUCAGGAAAGUUGCGGAGCGGAUGUUACAACGUCUAUUGCGGUCUUCAAGGUCGGCUUGCUUAAUUUUCAUCUCUCUGUGUUCUGCUUCAAUUUGGUUUACCAGUUCGUCCAGUUUCUUGUUCACACGUGCGUUCUCCUCCCGGUAUUGCUCUAUUAUUCUUUCUUGCAUUUGGUUCUUGUUCUCUAGAGCUUCCACUUUGGAGGUUAGGUUGUUGAUUAGUACCUGCAUGGGAGCCAUUGUGGCCUUCAGUGUUUCUUCUAAUCGUGCUUCUAAUCUUGCUUCCAUUUCCCUCAAAUCUCGUUUCGUUAUUGGGUGGUCAUCAUCUUGAGGGGAGUUACCGUCUUAGCAUUGUUUGUCAUCUCCCUGGUUGGUGUCAUCUCAGUCUCCCUGAUGGUUUUGGUUUGAGGUUGGCUUGGCAUCCUCUUGGAGUAGGGCGUGUGGUGGUUAGGAGUUGUGGCAGUGGUGAUUCCUGGGUAUUGUUGGGUUGCUGAGCUGAUCAGGCGUUCUUUCUUGGUGGCUUAAACAGAGCGUUUGAAUUAGGUGGUCAUUUGUGUCACUUCUAGCCUGUGUUUUGAGAACUUCUCUAGGGUUUCUGUAGUUGCCUCAGCGGUGCCGCCAAAGCGGGGGGCAGGUAAGCAGAGAUGGGUAGACAAACGGACAGACAGUUCAUAUACCCGGCGUGAAUUAGCAGGUAGAGAUGCAAAAGAUUAGAGGGGUGGGGCCAGGGGAAAUAUGUGUUUAGGAGGGGGUUGUAUAUACCCAAAAGGGGUACUGGGGUCCAGCUAAGGUGGGAGUUGGGGUUGGGAGUGCGCUCAGAAACAGAGACAGACAAAUAGGCUCUAUGUAAAGGGUGGAGGGAGAAAAAGGGAAGAAGAAGAAAGAAAGAAGAAGGGGGGAGGUGGGGGGAGAGGGGAGAUUGGAGUAAAAGAGAAGAGAGAGAGAGAGACAAAAAGAGAGUUGAAAUAGAGAGGAGAGAUAGUACAGUAAUAUCAGCGGUAUUAGAUUGCAGCAGUAGUUUUAGCUAUAGUAUGAGGGGGGCAAAGUAUGAUAUGGUGAUAUGGAUGUGUGUGUGUGUUUCCUUUAGGGGAAGGGGGGAUGGAGAGAGGGAGGAGGGAGAGAAAAGGAGAGGAGGAGGGGGAAGGGUGGGGAAAGGAAGGAGAAGAAAAGAGGGGUGAGGGAGGGAGGGUGAGCUGUGGCAAUGGUAUGGGGGAAAAGUCUUAUUUUAAAAGAGGGGGGGGAGAAAGGGCUCCCCCCUCAGAAACAAACUGACAAACAGGCUAAAAGGGGGUUGAUUUUAAAAAUAAAGGGUAUAGAACACAAUGUUGGGGAUGGAAGGGUGGGAUAAUAGGAAAAAAUAAGGAAGGGUGGAGAGAGAGGAGAGCAAAAAGGGGGGGAAGGGGUUAAAAAGAAAAGGAUUAACAAAACAAACAAACAAAAAAACAAACAAAAAAAAAAGAAGGAAAAAAGAAGGGGGUAGUUUCUUCCUUUCUGCGAUCUCCUUUGUUAUCAGUUCUUUCCCUUUUAAAGAAAUUGUGUUUCUCACCUUCAUCUUAGAUGCAAAAAAGCAAAGACUAAUCUUUUUUGAAAAGUGUACUGUGUUCAGUUUAACUUUCCAUGAUGCAGAAUAUAUUAGUCCAAUAUUUAUUGUUUUUAGCCAAAGGCCAUUGCAUUGUAAGUCACAAAAGAAACAAGAUAUUCCAAGAGUAAGUUAAACAAAUGUAUUUUCCUAAAUGCAAGUUGUUAAAACAUAUAAUUGUAAAGUUCUUCAAAUCAUUUAGACGUAAUGUCUUAGUCUUAAACUUUUGUUUGUACUCUUGAUUUGAACAUCAUGUCACGCUUAGAAGCAUAAGGUUGAAAUUAUGCAUUCUUACCCACUGAAUAUACUGGAAUUUAGGAUUUUGCAUGUUGCAUUGAUGAAGUAGCAAUAAGAUUAGCAUCAUCAUGUACUCACCUAGGUAGCCUAGGUUAGAUGGCAAACGGCUGAAAGUCACCUAUUGAGCUUCAUAGCUGAGAAGGGAUUUGAACCUGAAUCUCCCUAGUCCUAAUCUGUCACUCUAAGACACUACACCAUCACUGGCUCUCAAUGUUUAAUAUUGCCACUGGCAACACUUAUUGACACAUAAUUUCAGCAUAGUUUAGUAAACCACAGCUUUGAACCUGCUUCAAAUGCAGAAUCUUCAGUCCAUAAUAUAUGAGAUUAUAAAACUAGUGCUUUGUAAAGAGCCUUUUCCUCCUUAGUGUGUGACCUCAACCAAUUCCACAAAAUCUGAGACUAGGGAAGCUUCCAACAUAAACUUGUAGGUGAGCUUGAGCUCUUUGUUCAGAAAUUAAGCUCCUUUAUUUUGUGAAUACCCCACAAGUUAGUAAAUGAAGAAUCAAACUCUAUUAAAUUUGAAAAUUACGUGAGGAUUUGAAGCAAAACAAGCUGAUUGGAAAUUUCACAAACUGUUUCCGUGCUCAAUAUUUAAUUUUACAGUUUUGGAACAACAGCACUUGGAGAUUCUCGCUGUCCUAGAUGCAAAACAGCGGAAGAUUGUUCAGGAGAACAUGUCCCUUAGCAAGAGUGGUUUUACAGAGAUAACAGGACUUGAGGUGUGUAUAUUAAAAUUGCUUUGUUUGAGUCUUUUGCUGAUUCCACUUACUUUAAGAAUGAAGUGGAAGGGCAGAGGCUUCAGUUCUUUCGGCUACUAUUUUCCCUCCUCCAUUUGGACUUGGGAUCUUAUCCACUUCAUGAAAUACCAUUGCUCGCUCCCUCUUUCUUCCUAGACCAGUCUGCCCCAAGCUGAUCUUCUACAACUUUUUUCGAGCUGUGAAAUGGAGAAAUUGAAAAUAGAAAAGCCCAAGAGCUCAUAAUGAGUUUGAUACUGAUUUUAGUUAUAGUAAUGGAAUGUUGGGGCUGGGUGGGGGAUAGGUGAGAGGUGAUUUUUCGUUGAUCCCCACCUACACUACCUGAAAAUCUUCCAAUGAGAGUUGGAGGAUACUCUGGAAGAAGGUGCAUGAGGCAGAAGGGGAAUCAGAGAAAAUCGUCUCUACCUUUCAUGAAUGGGAGCUUCUAUUAGAUUGUAGUAACUUCUGGAAAUGGAAGCAGUCCUUCUGUUCUAAAGGGCCGCUUUGGAUCCAAGCCAGUAAUAUAACUUGUAUGAAGAUGUAGAAGUCUACCCUUAUUCUGUGUUUUGUAAAAUAAUAAUAAUAAUCAAUAAUGGAAUGGUGUGCAUUUGAAUUUGAAGCUGGCAGUACUUGGAGCCUGCACUUGCAGUGGUCUUGAGGGAGAGCCAUGCUCCUGUGCAAAAAUGUCAGCAGCGACUCGAAAACAACUGCUUCAGCUCAAACAAGAGGUAUUUAUGCUUGGACUGAAAGUAGCAUUGUUGUCCCUUUUAAUGAAGAUGUGUAGAAGGCACUUGUCAUGUGUGAAAUUGUUCAAAGUGAUGCAAGCUUAAAAAUACAGUGUUUAGGCAGCUGAUAUGUCAGUGCAUUUUCCUUUUUAUGAUGACAGAUAUCUAAAACUUGUAUUAUUAUUAUUAUAUAUUAUAUAUGUACAAGUAUAUGUAUUAGCGGCCCAAUGCAUAAGAGUAUAUUUAGACAAGGGUAGCCUAUGAAAACAAAAUGGGAUGGAUCCAAAGAUGGAUCUUUCUUGCUCUAAUGCAGGGGUCAGCAAACUUUUUCAGCAGGGGGCUGGUCCACUGUCUCUCAGACCUUGUGGGGGGCUGGACUAUAUUUUUGGGGGGGAAGAUGCAAGAGCACCACGAGCCCUGGUGGCUGCUUACCUGUGUCGUGCAAGCGGCAGGGGCGGGCGGCAGUGGCAGAGGCAGAAGGACAAUGAGCGGAACGUGAAAGGGCUCUGGAGAGAGGCUUCUUAAAAUGGUGGCUGCUCAAACGCUGCUGCUGGCAUCAACAAAGCCCAGCCCCCUUCCUCCUCUAGGCAGGGAAGGGAGAAGCCAGGAGGAGGGAGGGAGGAGGCUGAGGUGCCGCCAUGUGAGGGAGAGGGAAAGAACGUGCACGCUGGCGAUCCACACAGCAAUUCCCGGACCGUCCGCAGGCUGGAUCCAGAAGGCAAUUUGGCCUGAUCUGGCCUGUGGGCCUUACUUUGCCUACCCAUUCUCUAAUGGAAGAAGUUUGUUCUGAAUCAAUGCCAUUUUCUUGUAGGCACAUCUCAUUAUCUUUGUGCAGCCCUCUUUAGGCUAAAUGAUGAAAUCCAUUCAUGCAACUAGGAGAGGUUUGGUAGCCAAUAAUUAUUUCUAGAAGUCUGUCUGUCUCGGCUUUCUUGGUUGCUGUUCCACACAGAGAAAAAGUCUGGGUGUAUUUGCUGCCUAAGCAGGAGGAUUUUAUAUGAAGCAGUAGUGGGUGAUACUUAUUUUUGUAGCAACUCUAGUACUCUGACCAUUGAUUCUGCAUCCUAGCACAAGGUGUAGCCCAGUUCCCUGGUAAACAAAGAACAAAGUGCCUCCAUGUGUGGACAGCCAUUUUUAUUAUGGGUUUUGUUGUUAAAUGUCAAUCCUGUGGCAGAGUAUACUAGAGGUUUUCCCAGUCAAUUGUCAGAAUUAAAUUUUCUGGUCACCUAGUGACUGUGUGUGUGUAUAGCUCUACUUCAUUUGGGGAAGCAGUUGCCAUACCAAUGUACUGGGACAGAAUGACUAAAAAAGCUCCAAAAUGUGGAUUCAUUCACUCUUUUUUUGAACGUCAUCUGAACCUUCUCUCAAUCUUAAAAAACAACAACAUAGUUUGAGCUUCUGAAGAAGAGUAAAGAAGAAGCAUAUAUUAUGGCAGAUGCCUUCAGAAUUGCAUUUGAGCAGCAACUGAUGCGGAGGAGGGACCAGGCUCUGGGACUCGCACAGAUGAAUAAGAUAUGCAGAAAAGACAAGAAACGAUUCAACUGGAAAAACAUAAAAGACGAUGGUAAUUUUCUCCAUGUGCAUGAUUCUCAGUGGUACUGAAAGGAGCCCAGAAUUUGCAGUUUUUGUUUUGUAUAAAACCUAUUCGAAUAAACCUAAAACCUACUGUUUGACAUCAUGCAUUUGGUGGCCUGAAUUUCAUAGUAGCUAACUAUGCUGCAUGCAUACAGAGUAGCAAAGCAGUCCCUACCAAGAGAAUUUAAGGCUGGUUCAUGCAGGUUCAUGCAUGCAUGAUCUACGGCUCAUCUCAUGAAGAGCAGUAGAUCAAUGAGCCAUCACAGAUAACAUCAUCAAAGAGAGAACUUUUAUAUAUCACCUCAAAACACAAUGGUCUUGUUCAAUCAUCACAGCCAAAGUUGAGGAUAUCUUAAUUUGAAGCCUUCUGAAUCUCACUUAUUCAUUAUCUGGGAAAAGGUCUUUACAGGGAGACAGCUAUGAAAAAUUAUGGAGUAAUCUCUCCAAACUGGUGGUGGUGGUGUUAAAUAUGCUGGAUUAUGUCCAAUAAAAUAAAUGUCAAGUUAAAAGACCAUAGGAAGCAUUUUUCUGGCACAUGUAUAAUUUGCAUGUGGUGAUAUUCAAUAUGAUAAAAGUGUGAUCUUAUGAUUGCAAUCUGCUUUGAAAAAUGAGUAUUUUGAAUGAUGGGAGAGGAUUCAUCCACCAGUGAGUGAACUAAAGUAAUAAACAGUUCGUUUCCUUUUUGGAAUUCAUAUAAUUUUCUCCCAGUUUAUUGCAAUUUCUCCUCUCUCUUUCAAGCACCUGCAUACAUUUCUUCUCUUCUCACCCCUGUAUUAUUGCCUUUCUGGUGCUGAUAGGACAUUGGAGCUUAAUAGUAGAGCAGGAGUAGCCAACCUUUGGAGCGCCAAUCAUCCCUGGCCUUUGGUUUUGCCAAGUGGGAUUAAUGGGAGUCCGAGCCCAACAACAUUUGGAGGGCACCGCAUUGGCUAUCCCUGUAACAGACUAUGAAUAACUAAUUUAGAAUGAGGAUUCAAAACAUGUUAUCUAAGAUCAGCAUAUUUUGGCCUUCAUUACUAGCACUCCACUGUUCUCUGUUUAUUCACUUUAACUGCAGAACAUUUUGCUCUAUUCUUUUUGUUCUAUAUGUGCUGGUUAUUAUUUUGUCUAUUAAAAGUGUAGCAGUCACCACCAAAAAGCAUGUGUACUUUUGGAAGCUGGAUUAUAGAUGUACGCCAUUUAUUUUCGUUUGGUAACAGCCUCAGUUUUCCAGUGGUAUAUUAGUUUUAGGCUUAAUUUUAUUUGGACUUUAAAAAGGUGGUUGUUGUUUAGAAUGUCUCAAAGAUCAGGACUUAAAUGUGAAUGUUAUUUUUUCCCCUCAGGUGCUUUCACAUUUCAAGGGAAUAGGAAAAGCUUGGGGCGAAAGUUGAUGGGCAUGCUUGCUUCCGGCACUGACAGCAAGAAAAUAGAAGAAUUGGAUAAUCCACAGGAAAUCAUUAGGAUGCUGAUAGACUUGGUUGGUAACUUGUAUGGCUUCAUAGAGGGCAUAUUAAUGGUGUUCUUUUAUCUUUGUAAAAAUAAAUAUACACUGUUUAUUUUUAUUUUUUAUUGAUUUUUACAGAUGAAUGAUAAGGAGGAAGCUUUGGCCCAUCAAAGAAAAGUUAGUUAUAUGCUUGCUCGUGCCCUGGAAGAGAAAGAAGAUAGUCUGCAGCAAAAUAAGGAAAGCAAAUUUUCAGAAGAGCUUGCUCUUAGCAGUAAUCAGUGCAAAGAUGAUUCAGAGCCCCCAAAGUCAGCUCUUCCUGUGUGUUCGAGUUGCCAGACAUGCGGUGCUCAAGAUUGCUCCUGCUCUAUUUCCCACACAUCUCCCACCAGAAUGCUGAACUGUACGUCAAAAAGUUCUUGUUCCCCAACACCUGAAGAAAAUUAUGUGCAUUCAACAGAGGAAGCAGCUGAUCAAAACUGAAAAUACUGACUGCUCUACAGGGGAGGGUAGAGCCUAGAAGGGGGCGGGGAUGACAGAGGCAACACACCUCUUUAAUGCUCAAGACUUAUUUAAGAUUCAUAUGCGCUUGCAUGGAUGGGCUUUCAAUUGACUUGCAGGUAUCACUGUGAUACAUAGAAGUCAACUUGCAGAAGUUCUUGUGUGUCAACAGAGCCCCUGGUUUGGGCUGUAAUUCUGUCAUCAUAAUUCAGGGAACCUUUUUAUUAGAGUGAUUUUAAGCAUUUUUCACCAAUUAAAAUAAUUGCAAAAAAACAACUGAAUGUGUUUUAUACACUUAAUGUAGGUAUUUGUAAAUAGUUUGCUUGUACGUAAUGCCUGUGUAUUUUAUGCUAUGAUGGAAUUGGGGGCAGAUGUAUUUAUGAAAGCACUAUUUCAUGAUCAAAUGAACGAACUUGUAUGCUAUGAGAAUGUUUACUGUAAGAUAAAGAGAUUCUGAGUUGUGUAUCCACAUACAUACAUAGGGACCAGAUCCACUAAAAUCAGUAGACUUUUAAGUCUAUUAAUUUCAGUGGGUCAGUUCUGAUGUAUGGUUUAGCACGUUGGGUACAAUUUUUUCAUCUGCUGAUAAUAAAUUAAUUGAUUCCCUGCUAUUUUAAAAAUUAAGUAAUGUCAUUUAUAAUUUAACAGUGUGUCAAAACUAUGGGCAGUAUUCAACUAAAUAAAAGUGCGAAUGCAAGGAUUAGCACUAGUGUAAAGAGACAAUUCCCCUCAUGUACAUCCCACUGCCCCCAAAUUUACUCUGGAGGCUUGGGAAACCUUCAGAACAGAUUGGGGGGGAGAUUUUGUUGUACAAGGAUAAAUCUUGUGCUGACAGAACAGCAUCCUUAGCAUUCAUACACCCCUCAUUUUGACAUAGUCACAUGUAUUAAGGUGAACAAAUCCCUCCCCCAAUUGGGGAAGGGUAACAUUUUUACAUGCUAGGGACUUUAAAGUGGCCUUAAUUUAAGACAGGGGUAGGCAACCUAAGGCCCGUGGGCCGGAUACGGCCCAGUCGCCUUCUAAAUCCGGCCCGCGGACGGUCUGAGAAUCAGUGUGUUUUUACAUGAGUAGAAUGUGUCCUUUUAUUUAAAAUGCAUCUCUGGGUUAUUUGUGGGGCCUGCCUGGUGUUUUUACAUGAGUAGAAUGUGUGCUUUUAUUUAAAAUGCAUCUCUGGGUUAUUUGUGGGACAUAGGAAUUCGUUCAUUUCCCCCUCAAAAAAUAUAGUCCAGCCCCCAACAUGGUCUGAGGGAUGGUGGACUGGCCCAUGGCUGAAAAAGGUUGCUGACCCCUGAUUUAAGAUAUUAGCUGCAAUGUUAAGUCAGCCACACAUUUAGAUAACAAAUCACAUUUAGCACUUCAGAGUGGAUAAACCCACAGCUUUUGGCAGUUGUACAAAUCAGGUUUUUGAAGCCAAUUUUCACCAUAAAAGCUGCUGCAUGCUCCCUUGUACACAGCAGUCUUAAUUUUGAAGCUAGAUUUGUUUUCUUUUGGAGCCUAAAGCUCUGGUCUCCUGCUGCCAUUUUAAUCUGGACUAACAAGCACAUUUAGAUGUAAUUAGAGCAGCUGUAGAUCUUAAAGCCAAGGACCGGUUCCAAUUUGUCCCUGUAACUGUGACAAACAAACUACAGGGAAAGCUCUUCGGCAGCAGCCAAAUGUUGUGAACUAAACAAAAUGUCUUGUUUGUCUUCACUCAUUACAGUAUUUGUAUGUGCUGAGAGGAUACAAAGGGGGGAACCCACCCAGAAUAAUACUCUUCUUAUCGCUGGCGAGUGUGAAAACUUACAGAGGAUUUCUCAAAAAAAAAAAAGCAGGUGUCUGCAUAAAUUACUUGUUGUAUAAUGAAAAGUGAAUGGUGAUACUCUCCCUUUCAGGGCCCAUCUGCUGCAAACUGGUGCAACAACAGAAACAAAGGCCACGUUCUCACAAACAGGAGCAACCUGUUCCUCCACUUAAUCACUUCAGGCUGGGGGGAGGGAGGGGCCCAUAAUAGCCCUUCUACUUAACUGUUCUGCAAUGUUUCUAAGGAGGGACAGUCAGCCAUAUGCAUCUGUAGUGGCACAGGAUGCUGCCAGAAUAUUAGUAUUUUGCAGAAGGGAUUUAAGUGCAGACUUGGUUAUCAUUCAAAAAUCGUAGAGGUGGAAGGGAUCUUGGGAAUCAUCCAGUCCCCCUUGCAGUGCAGGAAUGCCAACUAAAUGACAGGUGGCCAUCUAACAUCUUAUUAAAAACCUCCAAGGAAGGAGAGUCCACCACCUCUUCUGGGAGUCUGUUUCCACUGCUAAACAGUUCUUACUGUCACAAAAUUCUUUGAACUCUCAAGUGGGGCAAUUCCACUUCCUCCUAAAUCAUUUUGCAUUUAUUUUUUUAAAAUCCCUGCUCUGCAUAGUCCCAGUUGCCUUAGAUAAGCACUCUAGUAAUCUAAACCCCUAAUUUUCAGCUCCUGUUCUUAAUACAAUCUUCAGACUACAUAUAGCCUAACACCUUCAGUUUAUCAAUAUAUGUUAAUUUGCACUCUUUACUGUACCCACUUAAAACAUUUGUAUUUAGGCAAGCCUAUCCAAACGUUGAUGUGUUUUACUGUUCAUUUUAAUUAUUUUAAAAUGUUUUAAAUUGUUUACAUGUUUUAUUUAUAAUUUUAAUAUUUAUUGUCUUUACGACAAUCAAACUAUAUUUUUUGUUAGAUAAAUAAAUUCAAAUUAUUAAAAUAUAUUUGCUGGCAAUUAAAACUGAUUAUGACCUUGAAAUACUGCACUGUGCAUCUUAAAAACAAAUUUAAGUUUUCUAUUGCACAUGAGUGUAACCUGCAAACAGAUGGUUUCAUCAUCGUCUGAUGUUAUUUUACCAAAAGCCAUUAAAAGCAAAUAAAUAUUUUCACAGACUUUAACAUAAUUCUGACUAUUAGAUUAGAUUAUCAAGCCUGAAGGCUUAGGAUGUGCUGCUGUAAACAAAAACAAUUAUUUGGGAGAAGUGAUUAAGUAAUUAGGCAUGACUCCCUUUCAACACUUCAGUCAUACAGAAAUGCAAACAAUUAAAGCUGAAUAUUAAUGAAUUGUAUUUACACUCCCAAGCUGAGAGUUUGCCAAAAUAUUCUGUAAUAUUUUGGUAUGUUGAAGAAGUAAUAUUUGCUACAGUUUGUUCAGAACACAAUGUAUUUAUUUAGAAUUAUGUUUCGCAGCACUGAACAUAAGAGCCUGCUGGAUCAGGCAGAUGGCCCAUCUAGUCCAGCAUUCUGUUCUCAAAGUGACCAACCAGAUGCCUAUGGGAAACCCACAAACAAGACCUGAGUGUAACAGCAUUCUGCCCACUUGUGAUGCUUACCACCUGCUACUAUUGAGCCAUACUCCCCCCAAAAGUGGACACAGAACAUAGUCAUCAUGGUUAGUAGCUCUGGAUAACCUUAUUCUCUGUGCAUUUGUCUAAUCCUUUUUUUGUGGGAGCAAAUUCCAUAGUGCUAUGUCCUAAAUCUUCCAACAUUCAGCUAAACUUGGGUGAUCAAGGUAAUUAAUAAGGUGUGUCUUCAGCAUAGGAGGACAGCUAUGCAACAAAGAUGCCAGGAAUACUUGUGCACAUUAAGCUUUAUGCGUGUAGCAAAAAAUAAAAAGGGGGCGGGGUUCCAAGAAAAAUAACUUUUGUCAAUUCUACCCACCAUUGAACCCAAUGUGUUUUGACUAUGCACGGUUUAGGCUGUAGGCGUGGCAAGUCCCACGUACGUUGCAAGCUUACUGUACCUCCUCAGCUUAGUGGUUGCCUCAGAAAAAACUCCACUCCUUAGCUAUCAGGCUUAUGCUGAUAUGAGGAUAGUGAUUAUGUUGCUUAUAUCUUACAAGGAAAUGAUGCAUUUUGAAUGACAGCUAAUAAAUGUAGUUAUAAAACAAAUAUGUGUCUAUAGCUCAGCAGCCACUUAAAUAAAAGCCCAACUCUAAUGUGCAGGGACGGCUGUGGCUUCUGAGUGAUCAGCUACGUGUACUCUGCACAUUCUCAAAGGCACUUUCCCCUUUAAAAUAGCUCCAUGCGAUCCCGAGCGUCCUAAGGACCUUCAAAGCCGGACUUUCUGAUGGCUCUUGCUUUUCUUAAGAGCUUGACGUUUCACCGCCGGAUACCAAAGUCCGUUUAAAAGAUUAAAAAGGAUCACAAUAGGGGAAGGCAAGGACCUUGAAGGGAGGACAGUAGACGGAGGCGUCCUGUACUGCUGCUUUAAUUAUAGUAACCUUUCCCAAAUUUGGCAUCUCUACAUAAAAAUGAAGCCUGUUUAAACGUUCUGCAAAACCAAGCGUCCGUUUCCCUUCUCCUUUUUCGGUGCCACUUUACCUCCCAAGCAGAGGAAAUGCAAGCGGCUACUACCUCAAUCCGGAUGCCUAAGCACCACUUUUGACGCACCAACCCGCCGCCCGCCCGGGUCUGGGGAAUCACCCGAACCUUUUGACUUGACCUCCGAAGCGCGGAGGAGGAGGAGAGAAGAAAAACAGCCUAGCAACUGCGCAAGCGCACUUGACUCCAUCCCGGAGAUUGGUAGCAAGAAGAGACUUGAGGGAAGGCGGAGAGAGAGAGAGGCAGAGCGCGAGGACAGCGCAUGCGCACGGUGACCUGAAGAAGAAAGAGAACAGCCCUCGCCCCCCCCCACUUUCUCGGGGAAAGACAAAAAAAGUCUGCGCGAAAGUCCCGCCGCGCUUCGCAGGGCUCGUAUUAAGCUGGCGGGGGCGCCCAUGAGGUGAGCGGGGUGUGUGUGCAGGGGGGGUGUUGUUGCUUCCUGGUGUGGGGGCGUGCCUGCUCCGGGUAUCGGCCUCAGAAGAGGGUCCGGCGCCCAAUUAUUAUUUUUUGUCCCUCAGAUGUGGGGGGGGGGGGCGCCUGUGGUGUAAGGGCCUCCAUUCCUCUCAGGUAUUCUGUGACAACGAGAGACACGGUGUAGACGAGGCAUCUCUUCGAGCAGUGCUCUGGCUGCUGGCCACCCCACAGAUUUCUCCCUCUCCCCGUUUGGGGGCAGGAGCGAGGGGGGCUAAAGCGGCGGGUAGGAAAGACCCGCCUGCUCUAUCGUCUUAUAAAGGGAAGGAUCGGCACCCCGGGGUGUCCUGCCCUCCCUGGCUGGGCGAGCCAGUGGGUUCCUCUCUCUCCUCCUGCAACCCCCUUCCUUGCUUGGCAUCUUCACGUUUGGUUGCUGCUCAAAAGAGUUUCAAUCUCCACUUUCCGUCUGGCGCCUGGAGAGGUUGGAAAUCUCGACAUCAAACACCCCACCCCCCAUGCUUUCUCCCCCUUCCCCGGUCUUGGUUGGAAUAAUCCCGUGCGAUUAUAAUAAAUCUCCAGAAGUUUUGUCCGCCCCGGUGUGCUUUUUAUGGUUUGUGGAGCCAUUGUAGUAAACAAUCCGGCGCAGGAGGUUGAAUCUGGCUCAAGGUUGAAAUGCCAAUAUAAUGCAAGAGAAUUCGCAGGUGAUGGCUUGUGUGUGUUUUUCUUUCCCCGCUCCUAUAUGUGAAGGAAGAUAAUCAUGUGAGAAGUCAAGCUGAUAUGACGACACCAUAGCGAGCGAGGGUGGGUUUGUUGCACCAAAAUCUGUGCUGUUCCGUGUGCAGGGACCUUCUCAGAGCACAAGCAAGUGAAGCCCCUGGGUGUCUCCCUAGCUUGUCUCUGCACUUAAAGAGUUAGGAACGUUUUCUUCCCAGUUCAAAAAUGACUUGACUUCUUGCAACGAAGUCUACACAAGCUGCAGCAUUUUUACCCUAUGCUUUAGCUGACAUGAGAUCAGCAACAAGACAGAAAUAUUUAGAAUGUUAAUGAUCUUUGUGCUGUAUACUUGACAGUUUUGUCAUAGGUUGCUUUAGGAUGACCUUUCUUAUCAAGAAUUUCAAAGUGCUUACCAAGUACUUGGUUUGCAAGUCAUGGUUUGUCACAUGAUUUUUGAGUGAUCAAAUUGACAGUGUUUGUCCACAGCUUGUUUUUCAUUACUCUUCAUGUCUCAAUGAACCAUCUUAAAAGACUUUUUUGGGUUAGAUACUGACUAAUUAUGUUAUCAGGUUUUAAAUUAUAAUUUCCAUUUCCUGAAAUUAUAUUGGUUUUUAAGUUCUAUAUAAAGUGUUAAGAUUUUAAAAUAAGCUGGCUUGCCCCAAAAUGAUACCGUGAUAUACCAGUAAUUCCAUGUCCAAAGGAAAUCCUUUCAGUAAAAUGGGAAGGAAAUUCUAUAUUUGAUCAAGGCAGAGAGAGGGGCGAAUCUUGUGACAUCAGCAGUGACUCUUCACUGACCAGCUUUGGAGACACAUCCUAGUCACAGUGUCUACCAGGCUAAGGCUAUUUUUGUCCCCAAGAAUGAUUAAAGUAAGUUGUAAAUUCUUUGUAACUUAAAGCAGUUUGACUAUAGCAUUUAACAUUUAUGCUAUUUUAUAUUUGUCAGUGUUGAUGCUAAAUAAAUAUUUGAAAAGUUUUUUUUUCCAAUAACCAAAAGUAGUUGAACUGAAAUAUGUGAAGGAGUGUACUUAGUGUGCCUUAAAUGUUAUAUUCAAGCCACUUCAUAGGUUUACUUGGAAAUUAUUUUUAUUGGAUUGUUUAUAAAUAUUGUAAAUGAAGAUGACUGAUUAGCCUACUAGUUUUAUAUUAUUUAGAUUUUAAGGGAGGACAUUAGUUUUAACAAGAGCUUUGAUCAUAAAGAUAUGCUUCCUACAGAGUACCUGAAAUAACUUGAUUAACUUUGAUUUUAUUAUAUUUCAUUAUAUCCAUUCCAGUUGCCCAUUUUGACUUGUACUGUUCUUAUUCAUUAUUCUGAUUGCAUCUAGGCUAGACUACUGUAAUGUGCUGCAUGGGGUCUGCAUUUGAAGAAAGUUCAGCUGAUCAGUUUGUAGCUGCCCCAUUGCUUCUGAAAGGUCAUGCAAUCUGAGCAUAUAUCACUGAUUCUGCACCACCUUCACUGGCUGCAAGUGGGCUUCCAGGUCCAAUUUAAAAUACUAGUUGUUACCUUUAAGGUACUAGAUGGCUUGGAACCAAGUUAUCUUAAGGAUUGUCUGCACAUGUAUUAGCCCAGUCAGCUCUUGAGGUUGACCUGCUGCUAAGGUCCUUCACAAGAGGGAGGGGGGCACAAAAGCUAGGGGCUCAGUCGUGGUUCUGUUGUGGAACUUCCCCCCGUGGGAAGUACAUUUGGCUGCCUCCUAGGCUGGUUUUUAAACAGAAUCUAUAGUCCUGGUGUUAACAUCCGUUUUUAUGGCAGUCUGUUUUUAAUGUACUUUUAACCAUUGGUGCUAUUUUACAACUGACUUUGUAAUGAAUUGUUUUUAUUUUAUUUUAUUUGAAUUAUUACCCAUUUUAUGAUGACUUUAUGCUGUAAAGUGCUUUGAAAGGCAGCGUAAAAUAUCUAAAUAAAAAAAUGUUACUAAUUUAUUUUACGAAGCUAUGCAAUUCUAAAAUGGAAUUUGUUUUAGAAAAUCCCACAUCACAGGAGUUGUAAAAUUCACAGUGAAAGGAUUAUGUAAGUCUGAAAUGCUUUGGAUCAGGGACGCCAACUCCAGGGGGCUGAGCUCUUUUGGCCCUCCCCCAGUGUUUGGGGGUUGAGGAAGUCAAGUGUGUCUUCCCUGGCCAGCUCAUUCUCUUCCUGUUGUGGAAGGUUGCUGAGUGCUCCUCCCGAAACAUCAUGUGACAUCGUCAUAGCACACAUGACACACCCCCAGUCUUUGGCACAAGCUGGCACCUUUGCUUGGGAUUGUGACUUUAUGCAAGUUUUGUAAUGGGGCUAGUCAGAUACACCAUGGUUAAGGAAGAGUGCUCAGUUCACCUGUAAUGCCAAGCCAUAGUUAAAACAAGUUUAUAAGCAAAAAAACCCUAUGGCUUCAGAUAAUAGUUUGCUAGCAGUAAAAGCAAACCAAAACAUACUUAAGCUGCUGGACUCACACAACUCUAAGCCACAGUUUAAUAAAUCAUUGGUUUAAUCAGGCCUUGACUUCUUCUUUUUCAGCAGCCUAAUUUGAUAGAAGCAUACAACCCUCUUUAUACUGUUGCUGUUUUAAAGAAUUGGUAGUCAGAAAUGUCUUAAAAUCUACUACAAAUUGUUCAAGAUCUACCAGUAGAUCUUCCCUUGCUUAAUUCAAUGUACGGUAUUCUACAUAGGCGCAAGAGGAGAAAACUCUUACCAGAUUCAGCCUUAGAAUGGACAGUUACUUCAAAGCAGCAGUCUCAGACUUGGACAAGCUACUUGAUGAAUUUGAGCAGAAUACUGGUUAGUUUUUACUUCAUGCUUCUAUUUUGUGUGAGAGAACAGCAUGCUUAAAGUGGAUUAUAAUGAAGGACACCACUGGUGUAUAUGGUGCUUUACAGAGCCUCAUUCACCAUAUUACUGUGUUCCUGUUCCCAAGGAGGUUACAAUCUAAAACAGACAAUGGGGAGGCAUGGGGAGACAAAGAACAGGAAGAAUGUGGGCAAAAAAAUAGCCUUUUAUUAAUAUUUGUUUUUGAUGCCAUAGGGAUGAGUGAGUGUGUGUGUGUGUGUGAGAGAGAGAGGUGUAAUGAAUUUCUAACAAUUUUUAUUUUAAUUUCAGAUGAACUUGAAAACAACAAAAUUGUAAAUCCACAUGAUUCCAAAUCUCAUUUUCUUUCUUCAGAAUUAGAUUACCAGCAGCCAAAAUUCCUGGGACCAAAUGUGCAAGAAAGUAUUAGUAGUUGUACAACAUCAACUGAGCUCUCAUUGUCUAGUCAGACUACAAAUGUAGCAAACUUUGAACUGAACACUGAACAGAAUGAGAAAAAUGUCACUGGGUUAGAUCUUCUGUCUAUGGUGGAUGGUGGUUCUUCGGAUAAAAAUCAAUCUUCUUGCCUUGGGCGAUGUAGCAUACCCGUCUGUGAUCUUAUCAGUGACACAGGUAAUUUGAGCCAUGUGAAAAGUAAUUCGGAGUGUAUUCAAAAGUUGCAGCCAGGUGACUUUCAGACCAAUACAAGCUCUCUUACUGGUUUUGAUUUAUCAUUGGUAACAGCCACUGCUUGUAACUUGUCUGUUGAUUAUAGUGCGGAUUCUGGCACACAUCAACUGACUGAUGAAGAUACAACACUGUAUAAUAAGGAAGAUGGCGCAACAGAAAAACAGAGCCAAGUGAUGCUAAAGACAGACAGCCUUUCUGAAGCAAAUGUAGUGGAAUCUGGUGGGGCUCAAGAAAAGACGGGAACUUUGGAUAACAAUGAAGUAAUUGAUCAGGUAGAACAAACUACAGGCCUUGAGAGAGUAUCAGCUUUAAUAGCCCAACUAAAGCCAACUGUAGAAAGUUCCAAAGAUGAGCUGCCUUGUGAGUUGUUAGUAGAUGAAAAUAGUGCAGAAAGUGAAACGAUACAUGGAGAAAGUGGCAAGCAAACUAUUUCAAAAGAAGAUAAGAUUGAAUCUGAAACCUCUAACCUGCCAAAGACACAUGGGUUGAAUAACAACAGCUUAAUAUUGCCAAAAGAAGAGACUUUAUGUGCCUCCCCACUUCAAAUUGAUAAUAUGUUGGUAUUGGAUAAAACACCCACCCCUGAGGAAAAUAUCUCUAGUGCAGAAGAGAAAACCAGUGCAACUGCAAACAUAGUUUCAACAUCAGAGGUCUUUGAAGAUGUACAGACUUCAUUGUCCUGUCUUCCACUUGCUGUUUCUAUAUGUGGGUCACUAGUUUCAACUGAUGACACAAGUGGAAAAACUGCUCAGAGUGAAGCAGCAGAUGUCAUUAGUGAUGUAACUGUGCACACAGAAAAAUAUAACAAUGGCCUUUCUAAAGAAGAAUUGUUUCACAGAAUAGAAGCUUCUGAACAAGAUGGAAAUCUAAACAAACCCAUCCAGUGCUGCCUAGAGAAGCCUGCCUUUACAGAUAGCGAGAAUGUGGGUUUUGACAACAUUACUAGUAAAUGUCAUCUUUUCCAAUAUCAAGACUCUGCUGCUACUUCUAGUUCUUUGGUUACUGAAACAUGCAGCAGUGUUUUGCUCGCUGACAUUGGUGAUAGAGCUUCAAUUGAUCUAGCUAUCAAAGAAGACAUUAUUGGAAGUGAUAUGCUCAUUAGUGAUGCUGAACUUGAUGCCUUCUUAACUGAGCAUUGUUCUGAAGUGAGCCAUUCAAAGCCUCUGGAAGAAGAUACUGAUGAUGGACUGUCAGAAUCUGAUGUGAUUUAUGAUAACUUAAUAGAUGUUAACAAACUGAAUGUCAGAAGUGAUAGUUUACAAGUAGAAACGGAAUUUAAGAAGAGGGAAGCUUCUGUCAAUAACAAUUGUAUAGUUUCCAAUUCUGAACCUAGAUUGGGGAUUCUGGUGGGAAAAGGAACACAGCCGGUUCAACAAGAGACUUCAGAUCACAUAAGUGAAACUGCAAGUGAAAUUUCAGACCUCGCAAGCAGCCAACAGAUGGUGCACAGUGGAGGUGCAAGGCCAAAACAGUUGCAAAACUUUUCACCAAAAUCCAAACUCUCUUCUGAGCUUAGUAGUCCAAAUAAACUUGAGAGUGAGCCCCAAGUGAUAAAUUCCACAAUCUCAAAUACCUCUCUCUCAGAUACUAAAACCUGUUCUGAGUCAAACUUCAGAUUUAAUAAUGCUGACACACAAAGCAGCUUGGAAAACAAAGGUAGUGUCUCACCUGUGAUCUCGGAACCUGCUCAAGUAGUAGAACAAGCUGUAGUCCCAGGGGACAAGCAGCCAUCCUGGGUUCCUGAUUCAGAAGCACCAAACUGCAUGAAUUGUCAAGCCAAGUUCACAUUUACAAAAAGAAGACACCAUUGCCGUGCUUGUGGGAAAGUAAGUAAUCUAAACCCAUUUUAAAAUAUCUAUUCUAGUCCAUAUGUCUGCUCAUCAUAGAAGUUAGAAAUAAGUAUUUAUCCUUCUAGGUUAGCAUUUGCUUUUAUUAACACCAUUCCCAUCCUUCCCCUCCCCCAAAACUGGCUUAGUUGGGAUGGAAACAGGCACUAUUAAGUGUUAUCAGCCUAAAGUUUUACUAAUUGAAAAUGCAGUCAAACAGGCUUCAGAUCCUGGUAACUGAACAAAUAAUAUAUAGAAGGAAAGAAAGACACAAUCAUUAAGGUUUGCACACAAUCUUUAGUUUGCAAGUAAAAGUGGAAAAUGUUGAUCAAAAGCAGCAUAUAAAUGUCCCAGUACUUGCUACCCAGUGCAGUCUUGAAAAUCCAGCCUGUGCUGGGGAGAGAGAAAACUAUGUUAUCUGAGCACAGCUUGCCCUGCCAUAUAUUAAAAACUAAAUGCGGGGGGAGACCAUAGACUGGUAGAAACAUAAGAAGGUCCCUGCUGGAUAUGGCCAAAUACCCUAUCUGGUCCAACACACUGUUCUCAUAGUGGCCAACCAGUGGUCUGGUAUCCAAGAUUCUGUAGGAUUUCGUCUCUUAUGUAAUCUUUGACCACCACCUCCAGUACUCCCUUCAAUAUCCUUCCUAUAAAGUUUGCAUCCAUAGAUGAGUGCCUCAAUGGUUGUUUUCAUUCCACCAAGUUUCUGUUAUACCCACUAUAUCUGUCCUCUCAAACCAAGCACUCCAGCUCACGCAUCUUGGCCCCAAGGCCUUGAGCAUUACUAGAAAAACACAGUUUCUGUCUCAACAUUAUCUGUGGCACUUGCAUUUUAGUCUGUGUUGCUUUGUGCUCUCUGAAUUGCUGUUAUGUGCCCCUACACUCUUGAUGCCUAGUUCUAUACUCCUCCAUUUAAAUGAUAAUAAACCUUUUCACCUUCAUCCUGGGGGAAGGUUUGUUCCAAAUCCUUGGCUCCUGUCGGUUUCACCCCACAAUCAGUUUGAAAAUUGUUCUUGAUUUUAACAGCUUGGUUGCAUCCUGGUUAAGUGGAGCCAAGUUUGAUUUGUCCCAAAGGUUCCCUACUGUUUAAUAAAUCUAAACCCCUUCUCCUGACACUAAUGUCUCAUUCAUGCAUUGAGAUUACACAACUGUUCCUAUCUAGCUGCCCCUGUGUGUGGCACAGGUAUUAUUUCAGAUAAAACUACUUUGAAGGUCCUGGCUUUCAACAUUCUAUCUAGCAACCUUGAUUUUGCUUCCAGGACCUUCCAGCUACAUUUCCCCAUGUCACUGGUGCUAGCAUGCAGUACUACUGCUGACCUCUCCCCAGCACUAUAUAGCAGGCUGACUAGAUUACAAAUUGCAUCUACACACCCUUUGCUAUGUUCUUAAUGAUUGCAUCACCCAGAUCCAAAAUCCUUCUCACCCCAGCCCUUCAGGAUGAGCGUGCUCAGCACAAGAAUAUACCUUUUUUUAAAGUAAUCCCCAUUCAUUCUUGGCCUGGCUUUUGAAAGUUGGAUGAAAAUAGAGCUGAGCUCUCAAAAUGAAGCGUGACCAAGCCCAUUGACAGAUUUCCCCAGAGUUAAGAAAUCCUAUCUUCUGACUACAGAUGUAUGAAAUACAUUGUAGUAUUUUAUAAUGAUUAGGCACUAUGAACUUGCUCAAGGCAAUUCAUUAUCUUUGAAAAUAUAUUUGGAAGUUGAUCUAGGCAGGUUUUGGCUCAAGAUAAGCUCUGUACAAUCUGAUCUCUUUUCCUAGACCAGAACAUAAAAGAGUUUUUUCCCCAAAAUGUGUCUUCCAUUCCUUCCCCUCCCCAUGAGACUGGCAAAUUUGAAGCUAUUCCACUUUAUCCUUUACAGCAGCACCUCUGUAGUCAGAUGCAAAUAAUGGAUGGCUCACUAUAUGGGUUGAGUAGGGAUUUGAUUCUAGGUAACUUGUUCAUAGUAUAGCAUUCAUGUUGGUGCACUACAGUGAUUCAGAAUUGUUCAGAGAUCAGAGUAAGGCAAUUCAUGCUUCAGUUUUUGUUUGUUCCUCCUAUUUUUUCACACACACACCCCGAAAUCAAUUUUAUUAGUAGUAAUUUUCUGAGUUGGGCAUAAAUAGAUUCUACACAAAUGUAAGGUUUGUUGUUGUGGUGGUUUUUUUAAAAAGCCUCCACUAGAUGUCAGUGUUGUGCUAUAGAGUUAAUUUAUUGUGCUCUAUGUAGGGGACACGGGUUAAACCACAGAGCCUAGGGUUUGCCGAUCAGAAGGUCAGCGGUUCAAAUCCCCGCGACAGGGUGAGCUCCUGUUGCGCGGUCCCAGCUCCUGAAACCUAGCAGUUCGAAAGCACGUCAAAGUGCAAGUAGAUAAAUAGGUACCGCUCCGGCGGGAAGGUAAAUGGCGUUUCCGUGUGCUGCUCUGGUUUCACCAGAAGCGGCAUAGUCAAGCUGGCCACAUGACCCAGAAGCUGUAUGUCGGUUCCCUCGGCCAGUAAAGCGAGAUGAGCGCCGCAACCCCAGAGUCGUCCGCAACUGGACCUAAUGGUCAGGGGUCCCUUUACCUUUAUGUUGCAAAAACUGCACUUUGGAAAGACAGGUACUAAAACUGCAAAAUAAGAUUGUUCAUAUAGUAUUAAUUUCCCCACCUGUUUGUGUGUUGUCUAAUUAGUAAUAUGUUAUUUUAACUAUUUUUUAGAUUCAUCAUAUUAAUAUAGCUGCUGUUCUAAUCUAGGUUUUUUGUACUGCCUGUUGUAAUCGGAAAUGCAAACUUCAGUAUCUGGAUAAAGAAGCAAGAGUCUGCAUAAGCUGCUAUGAGUCCAUUAACAAAGGUAAAAAUGAUUUAAUAAAAUUAUGAGGAAGAGAAAAGGUAACUGGAAUAACUCCUGAGUAUUGAAACAGUCUUCCCAAUGUGAACAAUAUUUCUAUGCUAAAUUGCGCUCAGAAACAUUUGUAAUAUAUCUGAACACUGCAUAGGAUGAAGUUAACAGGAGUUGCAUCCAUAUGUAUAUAUUUAGAAACUUUUAGAAGAAAUAAUUUUUAAGAGUGAUUAAUAUAUUGGUCAUACUGCCUCUUAGAACAUAAGAAUUAAUUUACAACUUUGCUUGAUGAGGCAAUUAUCUAUCUGGUUUGGUAUUCUGACAAUGACCAAUCAGGUGUCCUAUGGAAUUUCCCAAGAAGGAAAUUUUGUUGCUUUUCCCUGGCUGCUGAUAGUUGGAGAGAGAUUAAGUCCGUAUACAUUUUCUUUGCUUCCCUAUUUACCUCCCCCCCCCCCGCAACCUCAUAGAUUGCUAUGAAAAUUAUCCUACACCUACCUGAUACUGAUGCCCUUGACUUUGCUUUCUAUAGCAGUUUUGCAUUGUAUUGCCUAGUCUGCAUAGGUCUCAUUCUUGUGCUCUGUAGGCCUUAUUGGAAUGAUCUAUGCAAUUUAACAUGAUGGGCUGUACACAUAGAGACCUCCCUAUGCAAAUAUUUGAGUAUAAGACACAAACAUCAAGAAGGGUAGUAUGAUACAGAUAAAUUCUUAGGCGUAGUGAGGAAAUAACCUGUAUAGAACUGCUGACUGUGUUUUUCAAAUCCAGUAAAUGUUGCAGUCCUAGUUAAAAUGAAACUGGGUGUGAUCCUAAACUCACCUUGGGGUACCUCUCAGGACCCCUCAAGCCUGUGUGUGAGAAAAGGGGAGAAAGGAGAAAUAUCCUACAUUUGUGACAUUUAAACUUUUUAAAUUUUGUUUGUUAGCACAGGCACUAGAAAGGAUGAUGAGCCCAACGGGUCUUGUGCCCAGUUCUGGUACCUCUGAAUAUUCAACUGUUUCACCUCUGCAGGAAGCACAGACAACCGGUACGCCUAAUUUUCCUUCUGUUUCAUUACCCACAUCUGUAUUUAAACACCCAAAUGGUGAUGGUAACCUGAAGGACUAAAUUUACUAUCGGGGCCUCUCUAGACAAUUAUAGGAUAGCACAACAAACUUGCAGCUGAUGUUUACUUGUGUGGGAUAUGCAUACUCUGUUUGGGUUUGGUUUUCGUUUUCUCAACACUCAAACCAUGAUAUGUUUGGUGGUGAGGGACAGGGAGCAGGAAAUGAAAUUUCUUGCUAGCAGUGUUGCUGCAAUUUGAAGUGAUGUCAGCAAAGUGGUGACUGAUAAAGAGUGACCCAUGCUAUGUUUUAACCUGAACUUGCAGAGGAGAGAAUUUUUAUUUUGAGGCAAAAAUGUCAAUAAGCCUCUUGUCCCACAUCUUUAACACAAUGUCUCCACACUUUGCCUUGAGACAUAACCUGGAAAAGGUGAAGAGAGCUCCUCUAGGCUAGUCUUGAGACAAGUCUUCCAUGCAAGCCUCUUUAUUUGCACACCUGUGUACAUCUUUUUCUAGAUAGUUUUGUGCAUCAAUAGUUAAACUUACUAACUGCAGAAACCUCAUGUCUUGGUAUAUUUGUGUUGAGGUAUACAACUGUUCAUCUGAUCUUUUCUUCUUCUUCAUAAUCGUAAUCAUAAUCACCAGAAUAAAAUGAAAAUCUAGAAGGCACAAAGAUCUCACUCAACCCACCUCACUAAAAAAAUAAGCAAGGAAGAUGCCACAUAUAUACCUAAUACCCUCCAAAUUAAGUGUCAGAUGCCUGGGUAAAAACAAACCUUCCUUCUUGACAGCUAAAGUAGCUAAAGAUGGUGCCAGGCAUGCCUCUCUGGGGAGAUGAUUCCACAAGUGGGAAACCAUUACUGAAACAGCCAGUACUUGUAUUCCUCCACUCCAUGCCUCCCUUGGAGUAGACAUAUGGAGAAGGACUUCAGAUGACAAUUGCAGAGUCUGGCUUGCUUCGUGUGGGGAGAGGCAGUCCUUGAGAUACUGGGUAAAAACCAGCAUCUUGAAUUGAGCCCAUAAACUAAUUGGUAGCCAAUGCAGUCAUGGUAGCAUUGGUUUUAUAUGUUCAGACUGCCUCAUGGAAGGCACUUUGUUCUACUGAGGCCACUUGAGCCUUGCCUCAAGUGACAAUGGAUCCAGAAGUACCCACAAGCUACACACCUCCUUCAGAGUGUAACCCUACCCAGAACAGGCCAGUUUCCAUCCAACUGGUCUAGGAAACUGCCCACUAACAGUGCCUCAGUCUUACCUGGAUAAAGCUUCAGUUUAUUAACUUUCAUUAAGUCUCCAUUCCAUUACUGAGGGAAGACACUAUUGCUAUGUGUUGUAGUAAUGAUUCUAAGUGGACUGCUAUUGUGGGCAGGGCAGGGCUUUUUUGGAAGUGUUAGGUGGUUUUGUUUUAGAAAAAAUAAGUAAAGGAUCCUCAUUUAUUUCUCCUUCUCCUUUUAGGGUUGUGCCCUAAAGAACAGAAAAGAGUUUGGUUUGCAGAUGGUAUUUUGCCUAAUGGGGAAGUUGCUGACACAACAAAAUUGUCAUCUGGAGUCAGAAGAUCCCCACAGGAACCAUAUCCUGUAAGCCAUAAUUUAUCAUAAAUUGCUACUAUGUGUUCUUAAAAAUAAGAAGUGGACAUUUUCCAUCCUGGUUUCUGCAUGUUAGAAUACCCUUCCCCUCUGCCAUAUAUGAAGCAUCAUCCGUCAAUUGCUUCAAAUGUCUUCUAAGAAGAAUGCACCCUGUUAUUACUGAAUUCCUGUUUUAUUAUACUGUUUUACUGAUUUUCAUGAUGAUUCUCUGUUUGAUAACAUUUUUAUUGUGUUUAAAAAUACGUGAUAUGUUGUUUUGUUGCUAAAUGGCUAUGUAACAAUGCUUUUUUCAUCUUUUCCUGUUUGAAAUGCUUGUACAGAUUUCACACUUUUGAAUUAAGUGAAUGUUAGAUCUAAUUGAAUAACUUUUUUCAUAGGUUGAAAGUUCAACAAAUGACACUGUUUGUGCAACUGAUAUCAAACCAAAGGAUGAAAUGCAUAUUGCUGGACAAACUGAGAACUUCAGUUCUCCUACUUCUUUUGUUCCAGAAGAAGAUAUUUUGUCCCCUGUAGGACAACCUGAGUUGUCAUGUAUUUCUGACUGUCUGAUUCCUGCUAUUGCUGAAUUCCCCACUAUUGUUGAACCAGUAAAGCAUCCUGUUCCUGCCACAACAAAUGAAGCUAGUGAUGUAGCUGUUAGUCCAUUAGAUUACAGGAUGCUUUGUGGUGUUGAAAACUGUGUUAGCAAGGAGAUCAGCCUUAUUCCUGAGGAUAAUGGGUUGCCUCCUCUUCUGCUUGCAAGAGGAGAAAAAGGAGAAGGUGAGUUUCCUCUGCCUGGGAAACGUGUGUUUUCUAAAAAUGGGAAUGUUUCUCAGUGUAAUGUGCUACAUUGCAUUGAUUUUGCAAUUUAGAAGUGUAUAAUGAUAUUGAGAAUCAUAAGAUAUUAAUAAAAUCAAUUAAAAGGUAAAUGUAUAACAUUGAAAUUAAAAUAUAAAGAAAUAAUAUUGUCCUUAUUGGCACAUAAUGAUCUGGCUUAGUGAGAAUGCGGAAAAGGUGGGGCUUUCUGGAAAGGAGAUUGUAGCUGCUUUGCUCCUCCUCUGUUCUGCUGUUGUGCUGAGCUAAAUCAUGGUUUAGCUUAGCAUGUCAUCAGAACUGGGGCUUGUUGCUUAGCUCUCCAGACAAAUCAUGAACUAUAAAUCAUGGGACAAACUUUAGUCUGCAGCUCGUUUUACUGGAGAAAGCUAAGCCACAAGCCCAGACUAAGACAAACCAUGGCUUCUCACAACACAGCUGCAGGAUGAAUGGGGAGAAAUAGAGAGUCUGCAAUCUCUUCUCUGGGAGCUUGCAUGGCUGCUUGUUUACAAUAAGCCAUGGUCUGUCUUGGCAUUAUCUGCUGACUGUGCCAUCAAAUCCAGAUAUGCUCGCAUCUACUGCUGGACCGUUUUUCUGAUUAAAGUCUUGUAUUUUGCAAUGAGAAAUUGCUUUCCUCCAGCUCACUGUAAGAAAAUACAUUCUGUUGAACUAAUAAUGUUCUAAAUUUUCUUUAGAAUCCUUAAUAGAAGAACAUCCUUCUCAUAAGCAAGUCACUUUACUACUUGAAGAACCCAAUCCACUAACAUUCAUCCUGAAUGCAAAUCUUCUUGUGAAUGUCAAGAUACUGCCUUGUAAGUGGUACACAAGGAAAAUGGCAUGUAAAUGUGUUUGUUUGCUGCUACGAAAUAUGAACCAACCUGUAGGCUUAAAUCUUUAGUUUUGCUUGAGGCUUUCCCCCUGUUACUCUUGCCUUCUACCUUUUUAAGUUAUUUUGGAAAUAGGUAUCACAAACCUCAUUCUCCCCCCCCCUUUUUUUUUUGAUUGGGGCAUGAUCCCUGGACAUAUUUUAUUGUCCUUAAAUGAAUAACACUUGCCCAGGGGGCAUGUCAUGUAUAAUUUUGAAGUGUUCUAGGCAUUUUUGGUAGGAAUACAUUGAAUAGAUAGUGAUACAUUGAAUUAAACAAAUAUUGGUUGAAGUUGGAUUAUACUACCUUUCAAAUUCUUCAUUAGACUGAAGUAAGAUUCGUAGGUGUAUAGAAAGUCAGAUGAUGUCAGCUGUAAAUAUUUUUACAUACAAUAAUGAAUUACAGUGUUCCCUAUAAUGCCUUAAUGCUUAAUUAUCACAUCAAUAAAAGGUAUCACCUUUCUAUUUUGAAUUUUUGUGGCUAAUAUAGCAACCAUCUCUAAACUAGGGCUUUUAAAUUUUAAAAAAUCUUAUGAAAGUCAAGUAAAUAGUUCAAUACAGAUGGUGCUAUACAACUGUCAUACUCAGAAAAGACCCAUUGAAAUAAAUGGAAAUACUUCAGUGAGUUUACACUUCCCUAACAUUGAAUAUAGCCUAAGACUUCCUAACGUUAAUGUCUUAGUUACUAUGCAGAAAUAUAUAUAUAUAUUUAAUAUCCUUCAUUUAACAAUAAAAUAUUCUACUGCUUAAUUUUAUUUUUCUCAAUAAGAUUCUUCAGAAAGGUGCUGGUACUUCUCAACCAAUGGACUGCAUGGUUUGGGGCAGGCAGAAAUUAUUAUACUGUUACCUUGUUUGCCAAAUGAAGAUGAUGUUCCUGAAGAAAUAUUCAAAUUAUUUAUUAAUAUAUAUAAGGAUGCCAUGAAAGGUAUGAAACUUUGCUAUAAUUUGAAAGCAGAACAUAUCAGACUUCAUGAAAUACUUCCUUUUCAGUACAGUCAUACCUUGGUUCUCAAAUUUAAUCCAUUUCAGGAGUCCUUUCGACUCCCAAAAAGGUUCGAAAACCAAGACAUGGCUUCUGAUUGGCUGCAGAAGCUUCCUGCAGCCAAUCAGAAGCUGCAUCGGACGUUUGGCUUCACAAACUAGAACACUUCCGGGUUUGCAACGUUCGGAAGCCGAUUUGUUCGACAACUAAGGCGUUUGACCACCAAGGUACCACUGUAUUCAUCUUAAUGGCGUUGUUCAAAUAAUAAGAACUGACCCAAUGUUCUUUGCUGGGCUGCUCAAAAAAUGACAGGCAUUUCAGGGAAAUUUUCCACCCUUAGUUGCUGAUCUCAUUUUGGGGAGUCUCUUUCCCCCCUCUCUACUUCCAUUAAUAAUCCAUUUCUGUUGCAGCCCCUGCCAGCUGUUCAGGAUGGUCCCCUAAUUCUCAUGAGUGACUUGUUCAGAUGUGUUAUGUCAUGGUGCUACAGGUGGUGGGGACAGUAGUGUCAGGAAUCCAAGCACAAUCAUGCUUAUCUGGAUUCAGCAUAUGGUACUUAUAAUAACAAAUUGAUAUUAUUAUUACCCACCCUUCACAUAAUAUUAAUUCAAUAUUAAAAACAGUUUAAAACAAAAUACAGUCAAAAUAAUACAGGAUGAGUCCUGAAAAUAUGUAUUUCGAGUAUCAAAGGCUAGGGUAAAGACAUGUGACUCCAGCACAUGACAGAAACUGUAUAAUGAAGAUGCCAGGCACGUCUCUGGGAAUGGAAUUCCUCAACUGAGGAACCCCUCAGUUCCCCCUCCCAGGCCACCACCACCCCAGAUUUCUGAGGCUGAUGAAACUACAAAGAGUGCCCCUUCUGCUGAUUUUAACACCUGUAUGAAAGGAGGUGAUCUUUCAGAUAUUUGGGGCCAGAGUCAUUUGUCUUAUUUUGCCCUAGAAGCUAUGAUUAUGUCCAUGGCUGUAUGCAUCAGGAAUGUGCUUUUAUGAUGAUUUUGACUAUAUGUAUUCUUUUAACCAGGAAAAUUCAUAGGAAAUUUGGAAAAUAUUACUUUCACUGAAGGCUUUCUUGGAAGCAAGGAGAAUGGUGGAUUCCUAUUUGUUACACCAACUUUUCAGAAACUGGAUGAUCUCAUACUACCCAAAAAUCCUUUUUUAUGUGGUAUUCUUAUUCAGAAGCAAGAGGUGCCAUGGGCAAAGGUGUUUCCAAUUCGCUUAAUGUUGAGAUUAGGAGCAGAAUAUGGAGGUGAGUUUCAUUCACAUAUUAUUUCAUAUACUUAGAUCAGUGCUUUAAUCUGAUCCAUUGUGUAUUGACAUCAAGUCUUUAACCUCAGUGUGGUUGCAAAUGUCAGUUUCAUUUAUUCGUCUUCCUAUGGGUCUUUUUGGUAGCACAUUUCAAUAUUAUAUGAGUAAAGAUGUAAAGGCUAUCCAGGGGGUGGGGAUUAAGAGGGAAAUGCAAGGACUAUUUUCCAGUGGAAAAACUGGAAAUUUGAGGAACCACUGAAGAAAACUUAUGAAAUAUUUUCUGUUUUGGAAUGAAUGAAGUGCUUUCCGCUCACUUAAAAUGUGUGGUAUGAAAGUUUCUAUGUAGGACAAAUUUAAGGAUUGGUUAGCGAUGACUGCUGUGUAAACCACAGACAUAUACAACACAAUCUAAAAUACAUUUCUGCACCUAGAAUGUGCUGCCAUCUUCAUAACAAGAAUGUGCUACUUGCCACCUCCCAGUGACUUUUGAAUCUGGUCCAGAGAUAUAUUACAUGUAAAUGUCCUGCAUCUGCUAUCCUGGUCAUUCUAUUAUGUUCUUUGCUUUCUCUUUGGAUAUUUCUUCAGCUAAUUCAGUACAGGAUCUUAUUUAGAGGCUUCUGGACCUCCUGUACAGUUCACUAAGAGAAGAGUAUAAAUGAUUUAUGUGAUGUCAAUUUCCAUUUUAAUGGGUUGAGUUUAAAAAGACAUGCCAGAAAGAUUGAAGGCAAUCUCUUUCUGAAAUUAAAUAAAUUCAUUGCCAAGACAUUGCCUUAUAGUGCAAAUCAAUAUGCCCCUAUUUAUUAUUAUUUUUUACUAAUUCUCUCCCCUCACCAUUUUGCACUUCAGUUACAUUUGGAAGUACAUGUGAAUGGCUGGGGACAGUUAUAGCUGUAAACUUCAUGUAUGAAUCAUUUAUUUUUUAAAUAGCAUACUUUCCCUGCUCAUAAAUGCAACAUGGGACUUCCACUGAUCACCACCACCGCAUUGAGGGACUAGUCACAUCCAUACCCGUCUUCAUCUGUUUUGUAAACAAUCCCAGGUAGAACACCUCCAUGUUGCAUUACAAACUAGUUUUGAAAGUAUGCUCAUUUUCAAAAUGGUUUGCUGUAUAACAUUUGAGGCUGCUGUUUGAGAACAAAAGACAAAACACCCAUGAGUAUAUUGGACUACCUUUGCGGUGUUUUGGAUCCCAGCAAUUAUAUAUAUAUAUAUAUCAGUUCCAAUAACCAUAAUGUGUCAACUUCUAAAGUGAUUGGGUUAUUUAGAUAUUAUUCUGUUAUGCAUGUUCCUUACUUUCCCCCUUUUCUCUUGCUAGUGUACCCAACUCCUUUGACAAGUAUUAGACAUAGGAAGUCAUUGUUUGGUGAAAUAGGACACACAGUCAUGAAUUUACUUGUUGUGAGUAUAUGCUUUUGCUUGUAUUUCAUUCUUGCCCUGUUGCUGAUACUAAAAUUGCAUUGUCAGAAAUGAAAUCAAGAUCUCUGUAUUCUUUAAUGCUGCCUAAUUAUCUGUUGGGAGUUAACUAUAGGAAACUAUCAGUAAGAUAAAUUUCACAAUCUAGAAUUUGAUGAUACCUUUAUAACAACCAAAAUGUCACAAAAUAAUGAGAAAAUUAAAAUUCUCCCUAAGUUCAUCAGGCUAAAUGUUAAGUGAAGCAGUGGGGCAAAAGUGGGAGAACUAUUGUUAUUAAAACUGUAAAGUCUUCAUUGGCUUAAGAUGGAGUAUUGGAAGAGGUAGCAGGCUUUUAACAGAUUAAGCUCUCCUAGGCUACUAAGCUUUGCAGGUUUCAGGUUACACCUAGGAAUGCUUGGAUGAAGAAACGUACAAUGGUAGAUUUUUCAUUUUUGAAAAUGAAAUCCAGCAGUUAACUUGGUCUGUCAUUAGCCUUAAGCAAAACAAUCAAGUUCCUUCUUGUAGUGAACAGCAGAAAAGUUAAUAAGGACCAUUUGUAUACCAGAUAACCACAUUUUGGGUGGUUUGCUAGGUGAACAAACAACAGCAGUGUGAAGCUGAAUUGAAUAGAUUUGGUAGCCAAAGGAAAUGUGUUCUGGGUACAUGUUCCCAUGACAAAUGUGUAUUGAGAACUAUUGCAGAGGCAAUUGUUAAGCACAUUUCCUGUCCAUCACUUACCCCUUGCGUUUUGUUCCUCCUGUCACUGUUUUCAGUGGAACUGGGGUGUACUGGCUGUAAACAGAAUGUGUCAUUUUGCCCUAUGAAAGUUACAUACAUGUUAAUUAAAUGUUGGAAGUAUAACAUAGAAAGGUAUCUGGUGGGCUUUAUUCACACUUGGUGGGCAUGUGAGUAUUAUUCUGUAACUUUACAAAAAGUGUAAUUUUAUGCAUCUGCCUAGUUAUGCUAUUUUUUAAUUCUCAUGCUUAUUAUUUAAUCAUUUCUAUACUGCACAACUUGUAUACAAAAAUAGAAUGGGUUAGCUGACUAUAAUUAGCAGGUAGUAUGUUCUCUAACUUUGUUUUCUCAAACUGGUUCAGUUUACCUUGUGGGUGACUGGUUAGUGUAAUAAGUGAGUCAAAGAAGAUAAUAGUUCACAUUUUUUGGUAUACAUGUUUUAUUGAUAGCUUGGUACUAGAUUUUGGGUAAUUCCUUUUUAUUCUACAGUCAGUAGUCAUGAGACAUGCAUACCAUUGAAAAUUAAAUAUAUAAAUUAAUCAACUUUCUAUUGCAUUGCAGGAUCUUCGGAAUUAUCAAUAUACAUUGCAUACAAUAGAUAAUUUAUUUAUUCAUAUGGAAAUGGGUAGAAGCUACAUUAAAAUACCUCUGAGGAGAUAUAAUGAGGUAAGAACAAUUUGUCGUAAGGGCUGGUGCAGAUGUAAUCAAAAAUUGGCAAACAUUUAUAUACAGACUACAUAGUACCAGUGUGGCAUCAUCACUAAUGUUGGAUUUAGACUACAGAGGCCCAGGUUCAAAUCUCCACAGCCAUGAAGGUUGCUGAGUGAUCUUGGGGUAGUAAUUAAAUCCUAACUAUCAUGAAUUGCUAUCUUUAGGGGAAAGGGCAGGAUAGAAUAGAAUAGAGUAAAGCAUGUAAAUGUUUCAUCCUGCGAAGUUAUUAACUUCUUAAUAAGUAAGAAUUAGUUGUUUGAAUAAGAAACGUUUGUAGGCCCUAUAAUAGAAUUUUCUCCAUUUACAUGUGUUGUAAUCUGGGUCCUAAGCAAUAUUUUCCCAGGUUUUGUGGGGCUAAACUUGUGUGCUUUAUAGCCAAACUCACAGCAAUUGUAGGAAAAGGGGCUUGUGGGUAGGACAUUAUACAAAGUAUUAAAGUGGCAGCUUUGGCCUUCUGAAGCAGCUGUAGUGUGCUAAGGAGGAAGUGCUGAAUUUGAGAGAGACGCAGAAUGGUCAGGGUUAUGUGAAGGUUGGUAACUUUUUAUCAGAAUCUCACUUCCAGCCUGAUCCUAUCCAUGUGUACUCAUAAGUAAGCUCUGUGGUGUUCGACUGGACUUAUUUCUAGAUAGAUGUCUAUACUUAGGGACAUAGCUUAAACCUUGGAGUUAAAAGAAGCAGCAAGGAUUCAUGUUCUCUCUCUCACUCACUCAUACACACACACUCUUAAUGACAUUUCUGUAAUUACAGGUGAUGAAAGUCAUAAAUACUUCUAAUGAGCAUGUCAUUAGCAUUGGAGCCAGUUUUAGUCCUGAAGCAGAUUCUCAUUUAGUCUGUAUACAGAAUGAUGAUGGAGCCUACCAGACACAAGCAAACAGUGCUACUGGACAGCCUAGGAAAAGUAAGUGUCUUCCACAGUAUUGUGUCCAUUGGAGCAUGUGGUCAGUUUUUUAGUCUGGUAUGUGAGUGUCACGGACUGGCUGGACACUGUUUUUCUAGAACUUCAUAAGUUGUGUGCAUUUCUAGUAUAACAUAGAAUGUAAAUACCUACUCAAAUUAUGUUUAAAAUACUUCUAAGUUUGUAUGAGCAAUUGACGUAUAUGAUGUUUGUUUAGUUACAGGUGCAAGCUUUGUUGUGUUCAAUGGAGCCCUAAAAACGUCUUCUGGAUUCCUUGCUAAAUCUAGUAUUGUUGAAGGUACGUGGUGUUUGUUUGUUUUUUGGUGUGUGUUUUUUGCAGUCAUGUCAGAGGUGGAGUCCCUGAGACAGAGAUGUGUGAGCAUUGUACUCAUGUUCCCAAGAGUGUUGUAUGGCUAAGUUGUUUUUUGCAAAAGUUCUGUAGCUCCAUUGUAUUUCUCACUUAAAGUUGCCCUUGUGAGUUUAGUGCGCAUGACAAAAAAAACAACAACUAGAAUCAAGUGCUGCAUAUCCUGUCCUCUGCACCUUUUUUUUUAAAAGUUCCCCUCUUCUGCUGAAGUUGUGGGGGAAAUGUUUGUGCCACAGGUGUCAUGCUGGAGCAGAGAUGCAGUGAGGGCAUGAUAGUGAAUUAGAAUCCUAAAAGGUACUCCCAAAGAUCUAGUGCAGGCCUCCUUUGGAUGCAGAAAAGCCACUACUAUAGCAGUCCAGCCUCCUUGAAUUGAUGCAGGAUACAGCUGAAGUGUGUGCCACUCACAACUCUGCUCCUUUUUCAGCUGUUCCACAGGUGUUUCUUUGCCAGCAGAAUGGCUCUGCUGAAACAUGUUCUGCAAGUUUAUCAUUAUUGUAUAUGUAUUUGGUGUCCUACCAUCAAAACUGGGCUUCAGUUGAAUCUUAUACCCUGAUGGAUCUCAGGCACAAGAUUUUGCCCAUUACUGUAAUAAAAUAAUUUGGCUUUGUGUUUAUUAAAGUAAUUGUUUUUCUUAUAGAUGGAAUAAUGGUUCAAAUAACUCCAGAGAUUAUGGAUGGCUUGCGUCAAGCUUUAAGGGGAAAAAAGGACUUUAGAAUUACGUGUGGCAAAGUCGACUCUGGAGAUCUGAGGGAAUAUGUAGAAAUUUGUUGGGUAGAAAAUGAAGAAAAAACAAAUGUGAGGUAUGAUGUUUUUACAAAAGUCAAAAUGUAUGUUAAUAUAUUUCUGCAAAAUGUCAUCAGUUUUUAAAAAAAUAAAAGGUCUGAUAUUGACAACUAUUUGCAUAAUCCUCCUAUAUACAGAAUUUUUUUCUAACAUUUUUUGGCCAUGCUUUAUUAAAAAAAUUAUUUAUCUGAAGGUCUAUAGAUUAGUCAGCCUCUCAGAGCUGCCCUAUGAACAUUUUAAAUAUUUUAUGAAUUUAGCUAUUAUAGAUAUUUAUCCUUUUAUGUGGAAGCAAACAUGAAUAAGGAGGUGGAAGAGAAAUUUAGAAAAUGUUAAGCUGCACAGUGAGACUGAAUGUUUAGCAAAAGUGCUGUGUAGGAAAUUUGGGUGAUGACACAGUACUAUUGAAACCGCCCUAGAACAUGCACACAUAACUGGUCACAUGCUGUACAUCAGAGGAACCGUCCAAGAGUCCAGUUUGAACAAGGUGAAUUCAGUAUUUGAUGUUUUUCACUUGCAACAUUCUGUGGAUUCAGAAUUGGUGGUAAACAGCAUUUCUAUGUUGCCGCAGAACUGAAGUUCUCUAGGUAGGCUACGUAAAAAAUUGUAAAAAGCCUGAAAGAAUAAAAAAAGACAAUUGCCUUUGCUCUUCUGUAUUUUGGGUCCUUCUUGCAAGUUUCCCAUAGGUAUCUGGUUGGCUACUGUGAGAACAGGGUGCUGGACUAGGUGGGCCUUUGGCCUGAACCAGCAGCCUCUUCUGAAUUCAACAUUCCACUCAGCUAGUGCUUAAGCAGCUGCUUGGAUUUCAGACUUACAUUUUUGGUCCAUCCGAUCUCAAAUUCAGGAUGGUUGACAGUAAUAGAUAAAAUUCUAUAUAAUGUAACAUGCUACAUUAAUUUCUAUUUGGGCUGGCUUCCAGUAACACAUUAUGUAGGGAAAGAAACUAGUGGAGUCUGACUAGCGCAAUUAAUGCAGUAUUAACCUUGCUUCAUAGAGUUACAAGCCCAAUAGAUGGGAAAUCAAUGGAAGGAGUUCCAAGCGAAAAAAUUGUCCAAGAAGAAUAUUUUGAAAUGGACAAUAAACUUGUAAAGUGUACAGAAGUAAGUUAAUGCUGCUGUUCUCAAAAUAACAAAUAUUUGCUAUAAUAUUAAAUGAAGCUUUUGAAACAUUGAAAAGGUAUCUGAAUUCUUCACGCUACAUAUCCCCAAUUCCCACUAGUGUUUCAAAUGUUGAUUAUAUCUUUACUUUUGAAAGCUGUAAGUAUAUUUAUGAAACAUUGUCUCUUUUGUACUUAGUCUAGUUAAGUUAGUUUAUUUUCUGUAUAAAAUACUCUUAUUAAUCUUUAUUAAAAUAGUAAUCCAUUAGUUAACUAAUACAUGAGAUUUGUUAUAUAAAAAAAAGAGAUUUGUUAUGUUUUUGCAGUUACUCAGGAAAGCACCAGAUUAUUACUUGGCCAUGAGACAUGGCAGUUGAAACUUUUUUCAGCCACUAGUAUUUUGACUGAUGAAAGGCAGCACACCUGCCUUUUCACAUUGUUCUGGAAGAACAUAUGCAGGGGAUUCCCCCAGGCUUGUCUUACCAGGCACGAAGAGAUCAUUUUGUAGUGAUCUCUAUCUCAUAUGGAAGUGGAUACCCAGGCAGGUUCUUCAGUAUGAUAGAGUAUGUGGUGUAUGUAAAGAAAGACCAGCUGUUAUUUGUAUUGCUCUUCUUUAUGGUUGUAAAUCAGAAAAUUUAUUUUAAAAAAGAAAAAAGAUUCUACCAUAAUAAAACAAAAGCUGUUGGAAGGAUAUUUUAUCCAUUUACUCUUUCAGAGACAUUUUUACUUGUCUAUUUUCAGGUUUGAGUACUUAACAAGUGAGUAGAUGUUGGGUCUGGGAUAUUUUUAAAAAAAACACCACUCUAGAAUCUUUGUAGGAUAAGGAUCACUUAGGUUCAGACAUUGAAUUCUUUUAGACUUAUAUUCCCUUUCAGCCCAAUACUUUGGUUUAUACUGGCUUUGCAUCUGCUCCAUUGUUAGACAAACUCUUGCUAAUAGCAGCAUAAAUGUCUGAGUUAGGGAAUGGGACAGAUAGUCUGGGAAUUAGGGGUGGGAGGAAGUACAGCUUAGAGCUAACAGUUGGAAUUGGCCUUUUGGGAAAGGCAUUUGUUUCUGCUUCCAUAUUUCAGAAUGUUAAUCUGCAUUUUGAAUACAUUUUUCUUCUCCAAUAGUUGGAUGAUUUCACACAUUUUGUUUUAUUUUAUUUUUUAAAUUCCUGCAUCUAUCUUGUCCCUUUGCAAAUUCUAGUGAACACCAUUGAUCCAACAUACCUAUCAUUGAAUGUUAUCGCUGCUGCAGUAGUCAUUUUAAUUUUAGCAAGAAAAAGUCUGCUAUUUAGGGAAGAAGUCACUAUAGCUAACUGUUCUCUAAUUACAUUUCAGGUGUUCUAUCUCUUAAAGGCCAGUGAGGUAUCCAGUCAUGCUCAUCAAUUUGCUAAAGAAAUUGCAUUGGCUUCUUGUAUGGCCCUUCGCCAACAUCUCAAAACCCUGAAAAGUCAUGGAAUGAACAAGAUAGGCCUGAGAGUCUCCAUGGAUACAGAUAGGGUAACUUUUUAAAAGCUGCAGCUAUAUAUCCAUAUAUGUGAUGCUCAUAUAGACAUUUGGGAACUCUGUAUUGACUAUGCCCUAUAUGAACUUGGGGAAAAUGGAACAAAGUGGUAUAAAAAUGUCUUCAUGUCAAUUAAUAUCAGUUCUUAUAUAAAUAACUCACCAGCAUUCAUUUGGAUGAGAUUUAAAACAGUCAAGUUCUUGCUGUACCAAAGCACUUGUUGACUCAUCUUAGAGAUGAGGAACUUGCAUCAGUGAGUGAAAAGACAGCCUGAUAUGGGCCAAAUCCAUAGUAUUUUUAAUGACUGGGAGCUUGCAUCUUCCCAGCGAGAUGGGCAGGGUAUAAAUAAGAAAUUAUUAUUAUAAAUUAUAGCUAGCACUUUGGCAGAUUCCAUAAAUAGCUGCAGCAGGUGUCACUGACCCUUUGGAUCUGUGGACACAUUUGGAAUUUGAUAGUAUGCUGUGGGCACACCACCCCUUCUGCUUGCUUUUAUCCCCCUGCCCAGUGGAGGUACUCAAGGGUACGCAGUACUGGCAUCUCUCUCUCUUGAUUAAAAAGUGUGACACUUACUGUAACAACUUCAUGGUGAAUACUGGCAGCUAUUUUUCUAGAAAAAAAGCACUGCCCCAUCCCUUCUGUCCUUAUCCUCCCACUCCCUCCACCAGAGAGACAGAAAAAGAGAGCACACCCACUUUUUGAUCUUUCAGAAGUAAAGGUUAGAUAAGGUAGAAUUAAAAUAGAUCCUCUUGAAUUUCCAUGAUUUCACAUAAGAGUCCCACCAAAAACCACCAUCAAAUUAAAAUUAGACUGCACAAUGAAAAAGAAACAGAUCUGGUGCUUAUCAGCACCAUAAAAAUAUUGAUCCAAAGCAGAAACCCUAAUUGACCUUCAUUUUUACAAAGUAUGACAAACUUUCAGUCUGAGGGGAUCGUUAGUAGAUAAUAAAGCUAAUACUUUUACAGAUACAGUCAUACCUUGGAAGUCGAACAAAAUCCGUUCCGGAAGGCUGCUCGACUUCCAAAACGUUCAGAAACCAAAGUACAGCUUCUGAUUGGCUGCAGGAAGCUCCUGCAGCCAACUGGAAGCCCCGUCGGACGUUCAGCUUCCAAAAAUAGUUUGCAAACCAGAACACACCUUACGGAACUUAGUGGAAUGGUUCGGGAAAGGUUGAUUCCUUUGUUGUUAUUUCUUUUUUAAAUGUUAAAUUAUGAUAGUAAACUGCCUGAAGAUUUUUGAAUAGGAUAUAUAUCUAAUUAUUGUGUUGCCGUCUAUAUUGUUUGUUAUGGUAAAUCAAACACAUUUUUAUUUUAUUUUAGGUGGAAUACCAGGCAGGAUCUGGAGGCAAGCUUCUUCCUCAGCAUUACCUAAAUGAUCUGGAUAGUGCUUUGAUCCCAGUGAUUCAUGGUGGGACAUCAAAUGCUACAAAUCUACCAAUGGAAAUGGAAUUAAUAUUUUUCAUCACUGAAUCUCUCUUAAUAUAA